GCCUGGUUUGCCUUCACCUCUUUGUCUGCAGCAGGAAAUGUAACAUUUAAACCUUGCGCCCAGGUCGGUGCACAGUCGGUCAUGUGACAACUGCUGGCUCCUUAUUGGCUGAAAGCGAGCGACUGACAACAACAUCCCGAGACUCGGAACUCAAAGACACGUGUUGGGUAUUAUAUGUGAGUACCGUGUGUGCCAAGAGGAGAACUGCCACCAUAACCACUGACACUCCUUAUAAUGAGACCUCCUAGUAUUGAGCACACACCGCUGUACUGCUAACACUAUAUCCAUACUCUACACUGCCUCCACAGCUCAUUACUGGAACGGAUAGUGUGAAAACAAAACACACACACACACAUAUAUAUAUAUAUAUAUAUAUAUAUAUAUAUAUAUAGUAAUAUGACCUGCUCUAUCUAUACAGUGUAUAUAGUAAUAUGACCUGCUCUAUCUAUGCAGUAUAUCUAUAUAUAUAUAGUAAUAUGACCUGCUCUAUCUAUACAGUGUAUAUAGUAAUAUGACCUGCUCUAUGUAGUAUAUCUAUAUAUAUAUAUAGUGUAAUAGGACCUGCUCUAUCUAUGUAGUAUAUCUAUAUAUAGUAAUGACCUGCUCUAUGUAAUAUAUAUAUAUAUAUAUAUAUAGUAAUAUGACCUGCUCUAUCUAUGCAGUAUAUACAGUACCAUGGCUAGCUGCUCCCAGUAACAUGCCCUUCUUGCUCCCUUUCUAGCACUGUACUAUGUACAGACAGUGAAUGUCCUGUGGCUAGCUGUCACCCUGUAGUAAUGUUCUGUCCCCGCUCUGCUUGCUCCCCUCCCCAUUCUAUUUUAGGAAGGUACUCUCUCUCUUGUUCUGUGCUCCGGUUUCCUGUCUGCAGUGUCCUUCCUGGGGGUGAUCCCUAUCACAGUGUGUGUACCGCCCCCUUCAGAUCAACCAUGGGACACGACCCCGACAGCGGCUCAGCUCAGCCAGACCUCUAUAGAGACACGUGGGUGCGAUACCUGGGUAAGAGAUCCCCUUACUGCAAUUAGUUAAUGUUACUUCUCCCAGGUUUCACUAACUGCUCAUGUUAAUGUGUUCUCAUCAUGGCUUAUCCUUUUCAUAUGUUUGGCUCUCAUUUAUAUGACCUCCAUUAAAAGGUCAAUAAAAGGUUAGGUAUAGGAUCAUACACAGCAUACACUAUAUCAUGGAGAUAUUUAAAUGUCUGCAUGUACACAUUGUUCUGUUUGUGUCUAGUUCUUGUGCAAUGUUUAUUGGUUGUCAAGUUACUGACUGUGAAUGUUAUGCUUUGGACAAUGUUCUGCUGGGAAACCUUGCAUCCUGGCAUUCAUGUGGAUGUUGCUUUGACUCCUACCAACUACCUAGAGAUUGUUGCAGACCACAUACGCCACUUCUUGGCAAAGGUGUUCCCUGAUGGCAUUGGCCUUUUUCAGCAGUAUUAAUGUUUUAAUGUUGUGGUUGUGUGUGUAAAAAAAAUUGAUUUUAUUUUUAAAUUACUGUGUUAUCCCAAAAAUAAUACCAGCCUUAUAUAAAUUCCCCCCUCCCACCCCUCCUGAAAAAUGCACUAGGGCUUUUAUCCAGGGAGCUCUUAUUUUGGGAAAACACAGUAGCAAGCAUGUGCUUGAAAGCAGGUCUACGUUCAGGUGAAUUCCCCCAAACAUAGAACCGUUCACUAGUGCAUGGAAUCCCGCAAACCUAUGUUCAGGAAAACUUUGCCAAACACAGAUUAGUUUACUUGUAAGUGGAAUCCCGUGAAUCUAUGUUCCAGGAAACUUUUCCGAACACAGAUUAGCUUACUCGCGCAUGGAAUCCCGCAAAAUCUAUGUUCGGGAAAAAUUCCCCAAACAUAGAUUAGCGAACUAGUAACUAGGACUUAUUUUUGGGGUAGGGCUUAUAUUACAGGCACCCCCUGAAAAUAAGUUUGCGCUUAUUUUUGGGGAAAUACACUAUAUAUAUAUAUAUAUAUAUAUAUAUAUACACAUACACACACAUUGUUUUGUUUUUUAUUUCCCUCUCCCCCCUCACUCUGGUCUUCAGAAAGAUAUUUAUGACCCUCUGCAAGAAUGGAUUCUAUUUUCUAACAAACCUGUGUCUCAUCUGCACUCAUGUCGCCUUAACCCCUGUAUCACAACUCAACUUUGAAUUCUAUGUGUCGUCUUGUUUAGAAAUGCUUUAGACUUGAGAAAGGGAGGUUCUCCCGAAAGCUUGUCAUUAAAAAUUCUGUUGUUCCAAUAAAAAAAAAAAAAAAGCUCACCCCUAAGCCUGCUGGCACUCUGCAUGUCGCUCAUAAUGCUAGCUCAGCAAGACUUAAGACAACCAUGAACCCGGUGUAUCCUCUGUGCACAAACUUAAGCCACAAGUGUCUACUUCUUAGUUCCCAUUCCCUACCCGGCACUGAGCUUACCUCACCUGAGUUUAAUCCCUCUAAUAUGCAUCAAUAUGUCACUAUAACGCUACAGCCACUCUCUUCCUACCUGGCAUAUUCUAUUUUAACACGUUAUCAAAAAAAAUAAAUUAAAAUGGGCAAUUAUAUAUGUCAUGUUAUAUGUAUUGAUUAGCCUGUACUCGCUGUUGUGGCAUUAUGGGCAAUGUUAUAUAUAAACUUCACUUCAAAAAUAAAGAAUUAUAAAAAUAAAUUGAAAUUGAGUUUGAAUUCCUGACAAUUCCUAAUUUAAUGAAGAACUCUGUGUGCAGCGAAAAUAAAGUGAUGCAGUCUAUUGAAAAAAUGACUUCUGUUAAAUGCCGACAUUGAAUCUGUUCUGUUACAGGAUAUGCAAAUGAAGUGGGGGAAUCAUUCCGUGCACUCAUCCCUAAAUCAUUAGUUUGGGCUAGUUAUGGAGUGGCCACCGCCUAUGUUACCGCAGAUGCAGCAGAUAAGGGACAGAAGGCGUCAAAGGUUAGUACAUGGUUGGAUUGGAGAGAUACUGGUAGAGAAGUCCUUUCAAGCCUUUAAUGCCUUCUUUCUUAGGCCAACGUGGAUGAUCCUAACAAGACUACUCAUGUCACUGUAGCGGUUAUAGACACCUUCAUAUGGCAAGCUCUUGCCUCUGUGGCCAUUCCAGGAUUUACCAUUAACCGAAUCUGUGCAGCUUCGCUCUACCUCAUGGGAAGGGUAACCAAAUGGCCCCUCCCACUUCGUAAGUGGGCAACCACUGCAGUAGGACUGUCUGCAAUUCCAGUUAUAAUAAAGCCAAUUGACAGGUGAGUGCCUUCUAAAGUUGUGAUCUACCAAUAGCGGUUCAGAUUUUUAGUUCACACUUUGCAUCUCAUGAAUAGCAUGACCACUUUUAGUCAUUUGUGCAAGCAACAACCUUUUAGUUAAAGCAACUAUUCAGGCACAAAAACAACCUUAUUUAAAUUAUGGCGGCAGGAAGCACUUACCUCAAGAGGUUAAACCCCAAAGUUGCCUCCACUGGCACUGUCCACUUCCCCUCCAGGCAACAUCUGGCUUCUGAAUUUAGAUUCAGGAAGCUCAGAGUGCUUCUGGGCAAGGGGGGGGGGGGAUGCUGAUUGGCUAAGAGUAGUCAGCUGACACUCCCCAUUCACUAGACUGGCUUGGAAAAGGUAUGUUUCUUUCCAAGCUAGUUUAGUAAAUGAUUGGCAACUUUGUGUUUAACCCCUUAAGGACAGAGCUUCAGAAGCUUGUCUUUCACUUAAUGACAACAGCAUUUUUUGCUGUUUGCGUUCAACUGAAAUUUGCAUUUUACUAAUUUAUUGCACCGACACAUAUUAUAUAUUGUUUUUUAAAGGACAGAAAGGGCUUUAAUUUGAUGUAACACACAUAUAUAUAUAAAUGCAUAUUUAUUAUAAAAAAAAUACAGAAAAAUGCAAAAAAAAAAUAAAUAAGUUUUGUUUUAUAGUUUUUGCAAUAAUAAUGUGUGCAUAAUUAGUGCAGGUUAAGGAAAGUAAUUUAAAAAUUCAUUUAGUUCUGAUUUACAGAAUAUAUAAUGUGUCUGGGAUUUUAAGUUUUUUUUGGUAGUUACAGGUCACAAAGCACAAGGAGUAAAAUAAACUUUUAAUAUGGAGCGAUUUUAGAAUUUGGUAGGUUUGUAUUGUAAGCAUAGGGUUGUUUUGACAUUUUCUACGUAGCCAUUUCACCGCCAACCUCUGCUAAAUAUUGGAGUAAAAUUGUGUUUUUUUUUGGUUUUUGGCACACAAACUUAUAACAAAGAAAUUCUCAUGUGUAUUUUGUAAAGUUGGUGUGUGCUAUUCCUGUACAAAGUUUUUUUGUGUUCAGUUACAUCUGCUGAGUAAAAUGACACCCCUAUUGUAUGGCUUUGGCACUAUUUCGUGAAGUUACAGUGCCAUAGAGGAGGCCUGUUCUUUUCAGUAUUCACAGUAGAAUUUUGAGAAGCGGAUUUAAUGGGCCUGUGCUUCCAUUUGGGGUACUAUAACAGUUUGACUGUUCAAAAAAAACCCCACAAAGGCCUACCAUUUGUAAAAGUAGACACUCCAGGGUAUCUCAUAAGGUGCAUAUUGUGCCUUAACAUGCCCCCAUUUCUUCACCAGUAUAUGCCAAAGUAUGUGGUAAAAAAUAAGUGUUUUUUUUUUUUUUACACAUGGAUUGCAUUUUCGCUGGGCAUUUUGUAUAUUUCACAUGUGCCACUAAGUUCAAACCCCCCAAAUUAUGCUCAGCUAAGUCUUCUGAGUAAAAAGACACCCCCAAUGAAUGUCUAUGGCACUAUUUUGUGAAGCUACAGUGCCAUAUAGGAGACCAAGCCAUAUCAGUUUUUACCGAAUUUUGACGCUGGGCCUAUGUGCAAUUUCCAAGCAUCUUAGCAGGGUUUAAAUUCAAACUGCCCCACAAAAGCCUACCAUUUCUUAAAGAAGACAUCCUAGGGCAAUUCAAAUGCCAUAUUUUGAACCUUAGCGUGGGAUCAUUUUUCCACUAGCUUGUACCAAGUGUAGUGGUAAUAAGCAUUUUUUCCUGCCUUUUUGACACACAAAGUGAGUUUGCUCAGGUAUAUGUGGAUUUUGAAGGGGCGCAUUUGAGACGCAGCCAGUUUUUUUUUUCUAACUUUGAAGGUUUACGCUUUGUCCAUGUUCCAAUUUGGAGUAGUUUAGACGGUUGGUUAUUGAAACCUCCCCACAAACACAUACUAUUUAUUAAAGAAUACACCCUGGGGUAAUUCAGAAGGCAUAUUUUGAACCUUAGUGGGGGAUCAUUUUUUCUCUAGUUUGUUCCAGGUGUAGUGGUAAUGAGCAUUUAAAAAAAUAAUAAUUUACUUUUGGAAACUUUUUACUUUUAAGUUUUUUUACCGUUAACCCCUAACUAGCAGUAAGCAGCACUAACAGUAAAUUCCCCAUUUUCCCAUAACUCCCACCCAACCCAGCUAGCAAAAUAUAUAAUUAUAAAAUAUUUAAAUUAAAUAAAUUGAACUCCUGAGGGUUAAAAAAAUAAAUAAAAGUUAAUCCUCAGGAGUUAAAAAAAAUUAGAUCACUGUAGGCAGUGAUCGACUGGCAGGGAAGGGGUUAAUUUUUAUUUGGACUGGGUAAAGGGGGGUGUUUUUUUUCUACUUAAGUUUUUUUUAGCUUAGUUUUUAACUAAGUUUAUUUUAAAAAACUUUUAACGUUAACCCCUAGUUAGCCUCACACCAAAUCCCCCACUAACUUCCACCCACCCCAGCUAAAUAUAUAAUUUUUAAAUAUUCAAAAUAGUUUAACCCGAGUGUUAAAAUAAAAAAAAUUAAAAAAAUUAACCCUCAGUAAAAAAAAAAAAUAACCGUACAGUGAUCAAUUGGCAGGGAAGGUGUUAAUUUUUUAUUAAAAUGAGUAAAGGGGGGGUGGGAUUUUAUAUAUAUUUUUUUUUUUUUUUUUUUAAACGGGGCAGGAUCAGCACUGUUCCGGCUCCCUGCACUUCACACAGAACCAGGAAGUGCAAGGAGGCGGAAGGGGAGUAUAUGCAGUACAUGUGCUGGGGCAGCCAGAUCGGGUGCUCCCAGUCUGCCUCUAAUACAGACCGGAGCACCAUUAACCCCAUGAUCCAGGGUUAAUUUUAACGGGUGACGGACAAGAUCCCUCACUCGUUAUGGCAAUCCCCUGAGUGACGGACCUCGUCUGUCACGCGUUGUUAAGGGGUUAAGCCUAGAUGGUGUAUACUAGCAGUGAUGGCUAACCUUGACACCAUAAAUGGUUUCUGGACUACAUUUCCCAUGAUGCUCAUCUAGCGUUUAGUCUGAAAGCUAGCUGAACAUCAUGCGAAAUGUAGUCCAGAAACAAUGUGUCAAGUUUAGCCAUCAUUGUAUAGUGAUCUGAAAAUAGUUAUAUUCUGCAAUAUAGGUACCUGUAUUUUGUCCAAGCAGGCCUAGCUUUAUUAGAUUAGUGAUUUUAUAGAAUCACUUUUGCAAAGUGAACAGACUUUAUCCAGUUAAGACAGUAGGCCAUCUGGGCGGAGCUAACUCACGAUCGGAGCGGUCGCAUGUCCGCGGAGCUCCGUUGGAAAAGCUUAUCAAAACCUGAAAAAGGUACCUUUCUGGAGCCCAAUUUGCCCUGGACAUAGCUGACUGUGUCGGUAAGCAGAUGGGGCGGAAGAAUAAAAAACCGAGGUCGGACCGGCCCGGGAACAUGGCUGACAUCAGUGAACUCUUUAGAAGGCCGCACUGUGCAAGCGGGCUGGAAAUGGCGGACGUACUGGACGAUUUCUCCGACGUCUCAGAAGAGUACACCCCGCACAACCCAGCAGCCCUUGGCUUCCAGGGACCCCCCUGGCCAUCUCCGGAGGUGGACAGCAGCUCAAUCCCACUAACCACAACCAUCCUUACUAAACUUUUGGCUGACCUCCAACAAAGUCUUUCUGCAGAUAUCUCCCAAGUACGGGAGGAUGUCAGGGGAUUCACAGCCCGUUUAACCACGGUGGAACAAGCAGUGGAGGAGCACACUCCUCAAAUCGCAGACCUGCAGAAGCAGGUGAGGGACCUCACCACGGCGCAGGCUAACUUUGACAGCCAGCUAGCAAUGCUAGAAGAUAAGAGGAGGUGGAAACACCUGAAGAUUAGAGGCCUAUCGGACUCCAUUACUAUGGCAGAGAUGCCACACUUCCUACGUAGGCUGUUCAUGGCAUUACUACCCCCUAAAACAGCAAAGGGCAUUCAGCUGGAUAGAAUGUUUCGUCUACCCAAGCCUCAGUCCAACACAGCCCCAACCACCGGCGACCUCCUGGUUAAGUUUCAAAACGGGCAAGACAAAGCAGCCAUCUUACAAGCUACCAGAGGGAAGACCCCAUAUCACUUUGAAGAAAUGGACCUCACGUUCUUUGCUGACCUCUCCCGCUCGACGUUGCAGUGGAGGAGGUCGCUGAGACCACUGGCAUCCACGCUUACAUCCCAAGGCAUAAAGUAUCAAUGGGGCACACCUAGUGCGCUGACUUUCCAACAUAAUGGUGUGGAACACAGAGUCACGGAGGCAUCUGAAAUGGACGUUAUCCUGUCCUCCCUGAAACCGAGCCCUAACCCUCGACCCACUAACCCCCCCUGGUACCCCGCUACCGUGGUUCCGUUCACUCCUGCAUCUCGAGGAACAAAGGGCGCACCUGCCACCUGAAAACGGAAUCAUCUGUGUUGGGACUUGUACCCUCUCUUUUUCUAAUAAGUUACCGGCAUUUUAUUUUCAUGUCUUAGUUUUGGUUAAAACGUUGUGCUACACUUAGAAAUCACUCCCCUCCCCAUACUGCACAUGGCUGAACGACCGUACUGGUCGACACUGGGCGAAAUGAGACCCAACUAUCUCCCCUAAUUACGUCCAUCCUACCCUCCCCCCCCAGCUCCAAUCUUCUUGACACCAUACCAAGUUAUUCGAUCCUUAAGGAUCCUCUGUUAUAAAACUAUCCUACACCACAGUUGUCAUACUCACGGGCCCCCACCCUGUAUUAAUCUUGGGCCUACUACUUAGCCCAAACAGGGCUCCACACCUCGGUAGGAAGUGGGACCAUUAAAAUUAAAAUGAUCUCUCACUUGUUUGCCCAACGUGUAACUCCAAAUCUAUUAUUGCCACCGAUCGAACCGCUUCAUGCAUAGCAUGUAACUUGACCUCUAUUGUAUUACCUCGUAUAGUCAGUUAGGGUAACCAAACUCUUAUCUUAUGUCAAUUUGUCUCUCUGCUGACUACUUCCUUUUUCUUUUCUUCAUUUUUUUUUUAUUUCUACAAUUGAAAUUGCAUAGUUUAGCUACCAAACCUUUAUUACAAAUACCGUGCUGUUUACUCGAGUAGAAACGUAACGCUAUUGCUCACUACAACUGUUGUCAUGUUUCACUAUUCCGUUGUGUUUGACGUAUGCUGGCAAUUGCCGUUGUGGCAUUGCGGGUUACCUUGUAUACUUCUGCACGACCAAAAAAUAAAGAAUUUAAAUAAUAUAAAAAAAAACACAGACAGUAGGCCAUCUAAAUAAUGUUAUCAGCUUUUUGUAUGAGUCUUUAAAUCUGUUUUACCCCCCCAGGUCUGUGGAUUAUAUGCUUGAUUCCAGCCUCCGGAAACUCUAUAGAACAAACUCAAAGAACACAGAUUAAGGUCGCCCUUCUUGAUUCAGCAUCCUUCAGAAUGGUGUAUAUAGUCUUUGAUGUGCUUUUGGCCAGCUGAUCUAAGCCAGAUAACAAGCCCCAUGUUAUGUGAUCAAUUUCUUAUUUUUGUGUACAUUCUGCAUCUCUAAGAGUUGAACUCAAGGGAUAGAUAUAUUAAAGUUUUCAUUUAAUAUUGUGCAUGCUUCCUUUCCAGUCUUUAGUAUUCUUAAUCAAAUAGGUUUGGGCACUCUGUACAAUAAAGCAGAUGCUUAAUCUGUAAAGGAGUUACAUAAUUGGCAGUUCUCACACAGAUCUACAAAAUCCUACCUCCGCCAGCCUCAAAGAACGGGCGCACACUUCUUGCUAAAGCUUAAAACCUAGUUUUAUGCUGCCAUGGUGCAGAAGUGCAUACCAACACCAUAUACUUAACAGAUGGUAUCCAUUUAGGGCUGCAUCAUCAGUAUAUAAAAAGCUGCAAUAAAACAAGCUGAUGAUGGGAUCUUUGGAACACAGCAAUCAACGAAUGACCUCAAGGUUCCAGGUAAUUUGAUAGCCAUGUAGCAAAGUAUGAAAUAUAUCAAGUGUGGACUAGUCACAAAACCCUUAAAAGGGACACCCAGGCCACAUCUGCUCAUUGGAGUGGUCUGGGUGCCAACUCCCAUCACCCUUAAUGAUGCAAGUGUAAUUAUUGCAGUUUUUAUAAACUGCAAUAAUUACCUUGCAGGGUUAAGUCCUGCUCCAGUGGCUGUCUUAGACAGCCACUAGAGGGACUUAGUGUUCUUAAAACACGAAAAGUGUUUUAAACUAUGCUGGACGUCGCCGGAAUCCCCAAUAGAAUGCAAUGAAUAAUGCUUUCCUAUGGGGAGGUCUAAUGCUGCUCACGCAUGCAGCCAUUGCUGUGCAUGUGCAUUGGGUCUUCCUCGCCGGCUGACAAGAGGGAGCCAGUCCCAGUGCAGAAGGACAUCAGCGCUGGAUUCAGGUAUGUCACUGAAGGGGUUUUAACCCCCAGCAACAUGGGAUGGGGCACUGCAGGGUCAUGGAGGUUUGUUUUCCUGGCAUUGGAGAGUCCCUUUAAGGCUAUAUUAAUAUGCCUGCAUCCCCCUAAGGGCUCAGCAUUGGAUUUUUCUUUAACAAUUUAACCAUCUUAGAAGGACAAAAUGUCUUUAUCAAGUUAGGUCAAGAUAUUGUGGCAAAAAACUAAAACUAAAAAGCAAAUCUAAGUUGGCUACCACCAGGGCCGGACUGGAAAAAAAAAAAAAAAAAAAACUAGGCCCGGGCAUUUUUCAAUCAGAGCGGCCCCCUAAGAAGGGGGCAAGGCCAGAGAUGGUGUGUUUUGUCAUCACUAAUGACAAGCACGUCCCCUCUCAAAGUGAGCAUGUCGGUUCAAUGCGCAGAGCCCCACUGAAGAGCUCUGGCAUUAGAAAAAGGCCCUGAAUUUGUUCUGCGCAGCGCAAGCAAAUUUAUUAACAUGCUCGUGCUGUGUUUGCUUUUAAAUUGUCUCUCCACAAGUGGGAUACCAGAGGACAAAAGGGCCAGGAAAGUGUAUGGAGCCUGCUUGUGGGAUUGCGUGUGUAGAGGACCCAGAGUGUGUAUAGGGGAGAGCGAAAGAAGAGGAUUAAGAGUGCAUAUAGAUAGGGUAAGGGAUCUAGCGUGUGUGUAUACAUAUACACACACACACACAUAUAUAUAUAUACACACACACACACAUACACACGCGCGAGGGUGCGCUGUGUGUGAGUGUGAAUUUAUUUAAAGUUACAUUUAUUUUAUUAAAAAAAAAAGUGUUAUAUCCCCAUCCCUUCUUACCUUUAGCCUGGGAGGGGGGGGGGAGCCAGGUAUCCAUUGAGGAGGGUGCUGUGCUGCCUUCCCUGGUGGUCCUAGUGGUGAGAGUGAACUCUAGCCUGCAGGCUAGAGUUCACUCUUGCGAGAUCUGCGCAUUGCCAUGGUAACCGUGGCAACGCUCAGAAUCCCGCUAGAGGACCCGGUGGAGCUGCUGGCUAAAGCUCUGCCGGUCCUCCCCUCACUCACUCCCCAGCUGGCAGCCGCUUAUAAUUGCCUCUGGGCCGGUGAGGGAGAUUUUUGAUCUCCCCACCGGCCCAUGAAGGCACAGUGGGGCCGGCGCUCAGAUAGCGCUGGCCCUGCAGGGGCGAUCCUGUGAUCUCCCCUGCUGGCCACGGCAGCCCACCGGGCAUUUGCCUGGUAUGCCCGAUUGCCAGUCCGGGCCUGGCUACCACACACUAUAUAUGAUCUACUUUCAUCUUUGAUGUCGUACAAUGACAGAUUAAAAGAUGUUGAGUUUUUAGUUUAACCUAGUUUCCAAUACAAUUCCUAAAACCAAGUGUUUAAAUAUCUUGCCUAGUUAAAUCUUACACAAUGAAAACCUAAAUGGUUUUAAGUGGAUCUAGUUAACUGGCUCAUUACAUUUAGCAAGUUUACAGUUUUAUUGUCGUAUCAUAAAUCAGGAGACAAUUCUAAGCAUUGUGUAUCAGUGGGAAUGCUUCAUUUGGCUGGAAGACAGCUUAGAUUUGUUGACUGCAAUUCAUUAACAGAAACCAAAAACAUUUCUGAACAUUUCUAAAAUACUGUAUGAUGUUCUGUAAUGCUCAUAGUCUUACAGCACAGAAAGGGUCUGUUUUAAAAAAAUAUAUAACUAAAUACAAGUUUGUAAUUAGAAUGUUUUUAUUAAGUGCAUUACUUCAUUCCAGGUUCAGAAUUCUCAGUUGCUACAAGAGGGUCUUCCUCAAUCUCUUGCCAGUUUGAUCUCCUACGGCUGUACACAGCAAUACCUACAGCCAGCACCAACAGGACAGCAACUUCCAGGAAGAGAGCGCCAACAGCAGGGGGGAUGGGAAAGUCUGUGGAAAGACAAGUUAUAUCACAUACAAUCCAAAAUGGUCACAUUUAUACCAGUGUACUUCACAUGUAAGAAAGUGUACUGCAUGAAUUAUAGACAUGGGACUAACUGCUACAGAUAAGUUUACACUAACCACUUAAAGGGACACUGUAGGCACCCAGACCACUUCAGCACAUUGAACCAGUUUGAGUGCAAUGUCCCUAUUGCACUUAGUGCUGCAAUGUUAAACAUCGCAGUUCCAGAGAAACAGCAAUAAGUCACCCUCUGGUGGCUGUCUACCAGACGCUGGACAUCACGCUCUGCAUGUGCAUAAGAGCCCACUCAUCAUGGGAUGGAGGUUUUUAACCCUUGAUUUACCUGUGAGGGGGAGCGAUACUGCCAGGAAUACAGCUAUGUAUUGACAUUAGGAUAUGUCAGUACUUCCUAACAACGUGGGGCUUUAAUGCUCUUCACAGGAAUUGACAAGUUCUAACGUUUUUGUGAAGUAUUCAUACUUCCUCACAUCAGGGAGUACCUGUGGCUCCACUCUUCACUAGGGCUACAUUUACGGAUUACAGGUAUGCAUGGUUUGCCGGUUGCACAGCACCAUAGUAACAGGCAUACAUAAGACAGCAGUAGAUCGUGGCAACAUACUGCUCUGUUUUAACUAGAAAAUCCAUCUGCUUAUCUCCGUAAAGACAUGAGCAGAGUGUUUCCUUAUUGUUAAAGGAACACUAUAGACACCCAGACCACUUCAAUCAGCUGAAGUGGUCUGGGUACAGUGUCCCUAUAGCACUUAGUGCUGCAACGUUAAAAAAAAAAACAAAAAAAAAAAAACACACUACCAGACAGCCACUGGAGGCGCUUCCUGGAUGUUAACUUUUGGUCUGGUAAUAGACAAUGGAUGGGCCCACGCUCUGCAUUAGGACAUCCAGCACUAGCGAUUACCCCAAAAGGAAACCAUUGAUUUGGUUCAGAACUUUGUCUAUUGCAUCAGUACUUAAGGGGUUACUAGAUCCUACCUAUGGAAAGUAUCUUUUCAGAUUUUCUAAUACAGGAAAUUUGUUUUAUGCAGUCACGUAGUGACCCAUGUACAGUUACCAAUAUUUCAUGGCAAGGGCUUUCACAUAUCAAUUGCAAACUCCUGCUUUUUAUCCAAUUACUCAAAUAAUUUACAUUCUCUUCAGGUCAGGGAUUACAUCUUUAAUCUGCUACCAAACCACUUAAAAAAAUAAAAGCACAAACCACAUACACAUUUUAGCAUUUGCUAAAAAGAUUACUUCAAUAUACAUGUAGAAUUUUAAUAUAUAUGCAUUUAUAGGUAUUUAAAUUCUACGUGUAUACUAAUGUAAUUAUAUGUAUCUAUAUAUUUGCGUUAUUUGUAUUUUAUAUAUAGAAUUUCAUUCUUAGUGUAUUUUGUAUAUAUAUUAAUAACAAAUUACAGUUAGAAUGAAAUUACAUAUGAAUAUAUAGUUUAUAUAAAAUUUUGUUUCAAUAAAUUUAUAUUUAUUAUUGGAAAAAAGAGAGAAAGCGUGGAAGCUCAGAGAGCACUCAAAAAUGGGGUUAACCCAUGGUAAACUACCUAGGUAGUGAGCAGAAAAGGAAAGAGACUUAGAGUGCUCUAAAUUUAAUAAAUUUAAAAAUUUGCUUUUAUUCAUAUAAAUGUAAAAAGAAAGGAAAGGGGGGGAAGAAAACAAGGUACUAAAUAUAUGGGUGUAUAUCUAAAGUCUAAGAGUCGAGAAUACAUACACCAAUAUAUAUUACUAAAUGGUUAAAAGACAAAAAAGCUGAUUAAGUACGCGGUGCAGCAACUAAACCGCUACAAGUCACAAAGAGAAUUGAAAUAGUGCACAUAAUGUAUAGGCGACUCUAAUGUGUUGAAUGUGAAAAUGAGCAGCGUAUAUUACUGAGACGCUAGUAGAAAUAUGUCAGUUAAACACAUGGUGCGUCAACGGUAUCAGGAGUAGAAGGGGUACGAAUAUAAAAAUUUAGAUCCCGUGCGUCUACGCCAGCCCAAUAUCACCGGAUUAACACACGAGUAGCAAACAUUAGCAAAAGGGGAUGGAUAUUGCUACAUAGAGGACCUGUUCAGAAGUUUUCAGGUUACCUCUAAUGUAUGUCCCUUGCAACAAAACAAAGUUGCAAUAGAGACUAUAUCAUAAUAACUAGCAAGCACAAUGUGGUAAUUUGAAUAAAUAACUAACUAAUACAAUUGUAGCUAGUAGUGCACAUAAAUAGUGGAGCCUAAAUCAUUAGAGUGACUCACACAAACUGCUAAAGACAAAAAAAGCAGGUUGAGAGAAAGCUAGAGAAUGAUGAUAAAAUAUUGAAUGAAAAAUGAGUCAUAGUUAAUGCUUUCUAAGUUUGGUCACAUGAGUCUGCUCCAGUCCUAACAGGAAUGAUACUCGGGAUUCAUGUAGGAGUGUGGUGAUGCCGAUUGAGAGACCACACUAAGAGUUGUUACAAUGCAUCACCGGAGUCCCCUGACGCGAGCGUUUCGCCCACAACUCAGAGGGGAGCCGAUGUGUGGUGAGUAUCAGCUAUUUAAAGGUCAUGGAUGAAGCUGAUAGGGAGAAUUUGAAAAAGACAGCUGAUUCGGUUUGGCCAAUGAGGAUUGCCAGUAAGUAUGACGAUAGCCUAUGAUGUGUGUAUAAUUAAUUAACCCUGUCAGGUACAUUGUGAUAGGGUACAGGGAGGGUAGUUGAUAGAGUUCGAAAAACAAAGAGGGGGGGAAAAAGAUGAGUUUGAAAAUGUAAAAUAACCUAGAAAGAUAAAGAGUAGUUCUAACUUUUGUAUAUAUGCCAAUAAAAUAUGUCCGAUAAAUUGAGAGUGGUUAAUAGCACUGUCCGAUCAUCAUGGCAGUAUAUGAAAGCAAACCAUAUUGAUGUUCAGAGGGAAAUAGAAGACCAAUGCUGCCCUAAAGAAAUUGGACAGACUAGACGGGUACAGGUGGACAAUAAUAAGAAUGUAAAUAUAAAGUGAAUAUAGCAUAUAACACCCUAUACAGGUCCGGCUGUAUAUUAAAAUACACAGAGACUACCUAGAUAGGUGCCGAAAAGUACCCCUUCUACUCCUGAUACCGUUGACGCACCAUGUGUUUAACUGACAUAUUUCUACUAGCGUCUCAGUAAUAUACGCUGCUCAUUUUCACAUUCAACACAUUAGAGUCGCCUAUCCAUUAUGUGCACUAUUUAUUUCAAUUCUCUUUGUGACUUGUAGCGGUUUAGUUGCUGCACCGCGUACUUAAAUCAGCUUUUUUGUCUUUUAACCAUUUAGUAAUAUAUUGGUGUAUAUUUAUUAUUGUAAUUAUAAGUAAAUAUAUAAUAUAUGUGUAAUAUAUACAUACACACACAGCCCCCAGCAGCACCCCCAUUUAUGCAUGUUCAAGUGAGUGCAGCCAACCACACAUAUGUAACGUAAAGUGUAUUUUAAUAUACAUACAUACGCUUUUUUAUACUUCCCAUCAGCAGGGGGACUGACAUUUCAGACAGUCCUCCUGCUGGCAGAUCCACAGCCAGUUAUAGGGGGCCAUGUGAUCACAUAUCAAUUGCAAACUCCUGCUUUUUUUCCAAUUACUCAAAUAAUUUACAUUCUCUUCAGGUCAGGGAUUACAUCUUUAAUCUGCUACCAACCCACUAAAAAUAAAUAAAAUAAAAGCACAACCCCCUCCCCCCGCCAACACACACACAUUUUAGCGUUUGUUACCUGGUUUUGAAGAGACUGUUUUGGAUUCAUUCCCGUUCCAGUCCUGCCCCCCAACUCUAAAGGGUCCAAGAACCAUUGUGUGAACCAGGCCUUUCUCUUCCUCCUCAACACCUAAACAAGGAGGCAGCAAUUAAUCUAGUACAUCUGCUACAUACACAGAGCACAAGUCAGGGUCCUGCCUUUGAAGUCAUUGUGCAUUCAAGGUAUACAAGUCCAGGCAUUUAAUAUCAAGAAUACUUUUGGGUAUUUCUUACCAUUGAUAUUUCUUUUCUUUCUAAGAGAAAUUGUGCAGACAGACUCACAGCAGUCGCAGAGUGAACUGAGGGCAGGAUUAUCCAAAAGCUCCCACCUGAGCAGAUUAAUAUAUACAGUUACAGCCAGCAAUUAAGAAUGUUUACAUUUUAGACCUCCAGCUUUUUCCCCUAAAUUAACUCUUGCAUGAAUCCUUGCAAACUAAACUUGGGAUUCCUGUGACAUAUCCAGGUGCUUUUUUUUUUUUAAAGGAACAUUCCCACACACCAGGUCUUAAUAGAUGCAAGUAGAACAAGUUGCAUGGCUACAAUUAUAAAAUGGUUCAAUCACCCACCGGUUGGUGUCCAUGCGAUAUGAACAUGCCUUCCUUGUAGCAUCAUUCUGAAGUUUAGGGUCCCACACCAUAACCUGGAAAUGUAGGAAAAUCUGCAAAGAGAAAAUAAGUUUAAGGAAACCUUGAUUCACUAUACUUUAACCUAAAGGGAUACUCCAGGCAACAAAACAACUUAAAUUAAGUUAUGGUGCCAGGAGGCUCCUGGAGGCACUCUCGCCUCACGUGAAUAAACCAUUCUUGAACAGAUUAACCCUUAAGUUGCCUCCAGCGGUAAUGCCCACUGCUCCCCAAGUAGCAUCUGGCUUCUGAAUUUUCACUUACAGGAAGUGUGGAUUUCCACUGGGCAGGAACGCCGCUGAUUGGCUGUGAGUCAGCUGAUGCUCUCAGCCAAUCAGUAACUCCCCAUUCACUAAACUGGCCUGCAAUAGGCAUGUUUAUUUGCAAGCUGGAGGCAAUUUAAGGGUUCAUUUGUUUGAGAACAGUUUAACCCCUUCAGGACGGAGUCCAUAGUGCACAUUCUGAUCAAAACCAAACGUAAACAAAAACUGGAAUUUGCGCUAAAUGUCUGUUCAACCGUAAUUCACUGCUGUCAUAUUAAGUGCACCCACACUAAUUAUACAGAAUUUUGUUCAGGAGAAACAGGGCUUUAAUUUAUCAUUAAAGGAACACUAUAGGCACCUAAAUUACUUUAGCUAAAUAAAGCAGUUUUAGUGUAUAGAUCAUUCCCCUGCGAUUUCACUGCUCAAUUCACUGUCAUUUAGGAGUUAAAUCACUUUGUUUCUGUUUAUGCAGCCCUAGCCACACCUCCCCUGGCUAUGAUUGACAGAGCCUGCAUGAAAACAAAAACUGGUUUCACUUUCAAACAGAUGUAAUUUAACUUAAAUAAUUGUAUCUCAAUCUCUAAAUUGAACUUUAAUCACAUACAGGAGGCUCUAGCAGGGUCUACCAAGCUAUUAACAUAGCAGGGGAUAAGAAAAUCUGAAUUAAACAGAACUUGCAAUAAAGAAAGCCUAAAUAGGGCUCUCUUUACAGGAAGUGUUUAUGGAAGGCUGUGCAAGUCACAUGCAGGGAGGUGUGACUAGGGUUCAUAAACAAAGGGAUUUAACUCCUAAAUGGCAGAGGAUUGCGCAGUGAGGCUGCAGGGGCAUGUUCUAUUCACCAAAACUGCUUCAUUAAGCUGAAGUUGUUCAGGUGACUAUAGUGUCCCUUUAACUAUUCAUAUAUGGAACAUAAUUUAUUAUGAAUAAAAGUUAAAAAUGUGAGAAAAAAAAAAAAAGUUUCUUUUAAAUUUGUAUUUCCCUCUGACAUUUUAGCUGUGAAUGUCAUAAUACUGUUCGGUUUUACUGCAAAAAAAUGCACGUUUGUAAUCAGCGAUGUCUCACGAGUACAACAGUACCCCCUUUAACUGGUUUUAUGGUGUUUUGGAAAGUUACAGGGUCAAAUAUAGAAGGUUCCAUUUUCAAAUUGAAAUUUGCCAGAUUAGUAAUGUUACCUUUGAGACAGUGUGGUAGCCCAGGAAUGAGAAUUACCCCCAUAAUGGCAUACCAUUUGAAAAAGUAGACAACCCAAGGUAUUGAAAGUGGAGUAUGUUUAGUCUUUUUUAGUAGCCACUUCGUCACAAACACUGGCCAAAGUUAGCGUUCAUAUUGGUUUGUGUGAAAAAAAUAAUAUUUGGACAGUGUUUGUGACUAAGUGGCUACUAAAAAAAGACUGGACAUACCCCACUUGCAAUACCUUGGGUUGUCUACUUUUGCAAAUGGUAUGUCAUCAUGGGGGUAAUUCUCAUUCCUGGGCUACCAUACGCUCUCAAAGGCAACAUAUCCAAUCUGGCAAAUUUCAAUGUAAAAAAAAAUGAAAUGCAAACCAUAUGUGACUCUCUAACUUUCCAAAACACCAUAAAACCUGUACAUGGGGGGGUACGGUUAUUCUCAGGAGACUUCACUAAACACAAAUAUUAGAGUUUUAAAACAGUAAAACAUAUUACAACAAUAAUAUAGUCCAUAAAAGUGCCGUUAGUUUGUAGAAAACGCAAAAAAGUCCCUUUUCCGUAAAAUAUCAUCGUUGGAAUACAAUUUACCGGUUUGAAACACUAGUAUUGGAGUUCAGCGAAGUCUACCGAGUAAAACUGUACCCCCUAUGUACAGGUUUUAUGGUGUCUGAGAGUUACAGGGUCAAAUAUAGUGCUUGCGAGUUAAAUUCUCUGCACUCUCCCUGUGUUGUCAGGCAUGUCAAUCAAAUUUUAAUUAAUCAAAUCACAUUAUGUUAAAAGAUUACUUAAAUAUACAUGUAGAAUUUUAAUAUAUAUGCAUUUAUAGGUAUUUAAAUUUUACGUGUAUACUAAUGUAGUUAUAUGUAUCUAUAUAUUUGCGGUUAUUUGUAUUUUAUAUAUAGAAUUUCAUUCUAAGUGUAUUUUGAUAAUAUAUAUAUAUUAACAAUACAGUUAGAAUGAAAUUACAUAUGAAUAUAUAGUUUAUAUAAAAUUUUGUUUCAAUAAAUUUAUAUUAUUGUAAAUAUAUAAUAUAUGUGUAAUAUAUACAUACACGCACUUGGCCCCCAGCAGCACCCCCAUUUAUGCAUGUUCAGGUGAGUGCAGCCAACCCCCCCUUGUUUCAUAUAUAUACACACACGUAACGUCAAGUGUAUUUUAAUACUAAUAUAUGUACUUAUAUUAAAAUACACUUUGUAUGACAUUACACACACACACAUAUACAUAUACACACACAGAAUAUGCUUUUUUAUACUUCCCACCAGCAGGGGGACUGACAUUUCAGCCCUCCAGAAGAGGAUCGUGGCGGAGGCAAGUCCACCGGACCUCCAGGGAUAGAAAGCCGUUACGGCGUUCUAUGCCGCCGUUACGGCUUUAAAGCCCUUUUAAUGCGGGAAGGCAUAGAACGCCGUAACGUCGUUAAGGGGUUAAUCCCUUGAGGUAAGAGUGCCUCCAGGCACCAUAACAAUUUAGACAUGUCCCUUUAAACAUAAAAUGUGGAAAUAUAACCAAAGACAACCACACAAACUCACAUCUGUGUCUAAAUCAAUAAAGCGUAGGGCUUCAAUGGUCAGUCUGAUGGAACCUGGUGAAGGACGGCUUUGGAAAGCAGAAGAAGCAUCUUUUCCGUCUAUGAAACAUCUAAUGCCACACCGCAAGGGAGAAAAAUCAAAUAUUUAGAAGAUAACAAGGCUUAAGUAUGGUCAGAUGUUCAUUGCAAGUUCACAUUUUGCACUUUAUAUGCCUCGUGUAUUUUUGCACAGGAUUUGUGUGUUCAUUUUGUAUUUGCACAUUUUAUGUCCUUGCAUUUAGCACUUUACGUUCAUGUUCUAUGUGCUCCUACUUUGCACUUUCUGCAUGUGGCCUUGGGCUCACAUCAAACACUGUCACAUGAUUAAGGUAGAUUUUUUAAGUAUUUGGUAUUUGCAAUACAGUAUUAGCUGUAUGUUAGUUGCUACACUAACUGCACAUGUAAAGUGGUUUUAUUGGAUAUACAUUAUUAGAUUGGGGUUAUGAGUUGUAUGUUGAAUCUCUAUAUGGUGGCACUAUUGUAGAAUGUUGAUGUAUUCAGCUGGAAAUUGGUAUUGAUGAAUAAGGAUUGUAUUUCUAAAAGGGACAUUAUAGGCACACAGACCACUUCAGCUCAUUGAAGUGGUCUGUGUACAGUGUCCCUAUUGCACUUAGUGCAAUGUGAAAAACUGCAAUGUUUACAUUGCAGCACUAAGUCUGCCUGCAGUGGUUGUCUACUAGACAGCCACUGGAGGUGCUUCUUGGAUGUUAACAGAACUUUGGUCCGGUAACAAACGCUGGUUGUCCUCAUGCUCUGCAACCACAACUUAUUCAUAAUGCGGUCAAACAGACGCAGCAGUGUUUUGAGAAUGGACACAGCAGUGUCUACAUUGGAGCAGUGGCCCUCGUUCUAUGGUGGAAUUUAUGCGACUGGUUAUACUGAAGCAAGAACCUUGGUGUUAUGAAAAGAUUGAUGCGUUUGUCUGAAAUUUGUAUUGAGGAUACUGAAUUGAUGCAGGAUCCACAAGAUAGCUGGAUCUAAGUACAUUUCCCCAACGACCACCCCUACACAAGACAAUUUACAUAUGUACACACCUAUUAUAUGCCCAGUGCUGAAUUUUCCGUUAGGCAGAGUAGUCUUAUGGGCACGCACUCUGUUAAAAGCCCCAUCUUUACAUCCUGGUUGACCAGACUAGUGUCAGGAAUGCCAGUGCAGCUGCACUAGGGCCCGCAUGCUGGGGGUCCCCCAAUCGGGUGACCCAUGGACAUUGGUUUCACCAUUACUAAAUGACCCAACAUGCAGAACUAUGUAACACCAUGAACAAGGACAACAUAUACUGAGCCUUAGAAUGGCCGGACUUAACGUAAAUAAGAAUGGUCAAAAUACUAGCUGAGGUCAGGGACAGACAACGAGGAAGCAAGCCAAACGGUCAAGAUUACCAGAAAAAAAAAAAAAGUCAAAAUACAAGCCAAAGACCAAAAAGAACUAGAACGCUCUGACAACCAUCUAGUGGAAACCAUGACAGGGCACUGACCAAAUUCUAGUUUGAGUUUAAAUAACCCUCUGUAACGGAUCGCCUGGCACCCCGACUGGGUACCUCCGUUGAAGGAUGCUCCUAGCGCUUCCUGAGGACUCCAAGCACUGCAGCAGACACCACAAUCACCGAACCAGAGAAGCGUAUACCUUCUCUCAAGCAUAUGAAUGCUGUAGACAGUUGAAUAGGAACCAUACGAAUAGGUUUACUCUCCUUGCAGUCAAACUGGAACAGCAUACAAUAAAUCCUUCCCCCAAUAAUGAGACGACACUUCACUUUGAGGGUUAAGCAGGAACUCCCUGUACUGUCACAUACAGUCUCUUUUAUUCCCAAUCCACAAACAUAGUACAGCCCACAGGGCGUUACAAAACAACCAAUCACAUAUCAGUUACAUCCCACAUAUUCCCUCCCCUUAUCCUGAGAGGAAACUCAAUUACACAUACAGUUAAAACAUACUUUCUACCCAACUUUCAUAACUUUAAAACUAUACAUCACAUUCACAUAAAAAUUACAUAUUCACAAUCAAUCCAUUCAGGGGAACAACAUAUUCAAAAAUGGCACAAAUCAGACAAGGGGUUCAAAAGUUAGUAAAAGUCCUUUGUGACUAAAUGAAGCAUGGCUUUCUGGCCCAAACCAGUUUCAGAGUCUUCUAUCCUGGAGAUAAGUAAUUCAAUUAUCUCCCAGGACAGACACAAGACUCCAUUAAGCACAUGGUUGCAAAAAGACACAAAACACUUUAGAAUACAUAAAGUCACAUUUACACAUAACACACAGACAUUUCACAUAUCCCCACUCGUUUUCCUGGCACUAUAGGGUCUCUAAGUCCCCCCCCACCCUUAGGGUCCCCCUCCCGUCGGAGGGGUUGGGGCCCACCAGAGGACGUCGUGCCCGCCGUUUCAGGCCGCCAUCACGAUUGUCCCCCAGUCCGGUGUGGAGAGCCAGGGCUGUGCCACCAGCUACUACCUGUCCGGGGCAGAGUGAGGCUGGCCCACUGCAGAGGAAUCUGGGUUCCAGUAGAAGGAGCGGGAAGAGGUGUUCCAGGCGUCUGAUGGUCCAGUCGGGGCCUGGCCAUCAAGAUGGAGGAUCCCAAGAUGGCGCUGCUGGAGAGGUGAGGUAGCGCAGUCCUCAUCCUUCUUUUCCGGCUGCGGCGGAUGAGACGUCAGGGCAUACGGCUGCACGCGGGAAGAGGUGGAGCGUACGUGACAUCUGCGGGUCAGGGAGUGCAGACGUCACAGGCCACUGCCGAACCCGGAAGUCCAGGUGAAGAUGGAACUGGGGACUCCGAAACGGAGCACCGCUGGCCCCCCGAAAGUGGAGAUGGCCAGCGGAGGAACGGAUUCCCCUCAUAUUCAUAACCCCAGGAGACCAGAAGAAGGUGAAUCAUCAGCCAGAGAGGAGGAAGGAACGCAGGAUCCCCCUCUACACAUCCACCCCAGAAGAUCUGGAGCUCCCAUGGGGGUGAGCCGCCAAGCCCCUGGAGGGGCAGCUGGCAGGCUGGCCACAGGACCUAUACUGACAGACUUCUGCUCCAGAACCGUGAGUUGGAGUGCUCACGCGCUUGGUUAGGGGCAGAGGGGGUCUCUGGGCUAGAACAAGGGAGUACAGGGGAAGUUGUAAAAUUGCUGUGCUUAAUAUUAGAUCGCUUAGGGAAGGUUGGCAUAGCCGCGCAGGACGCUAUGCUUCCCACAGGGACCCCUCCCUUGGGUACAGUGGGGGGCACUGCAGGGGGGCCGGUGUGCGACAUCGCCCCCCUGGGGAUGCAUGUGUCACUGGAGGGGAGGGAGAAGAUCUUGAAGGGCGAGUAAGUGGACCUCAUCUAGUUAGUCCCGUUUGAUAGGGAAUCAGCUGAUAAACCGCGAUGCGUUGAGGCGACGGAUAGUGGAAAAGGUAAGGAGCUCCCCGUACCUUUGGUAAUUGGUUGCAAGGAUUUGCAACUUAUGCUAGUAUUCUGUCGACGAGGUUUCCAGAGUGGGCCCUGUCGUUUUCUUAUUUAGAUUUAAUUUGGGGGGCUUAUAAAGUUUAUGGGGGUCAAUGCUGGUUUAAAUAUGACCAGCAAUUUAGGCAAAAGAUGGCGGUGCGACCGCACAUGCAUUUUGGCAUGCAAGAUAGCAAUCUUUGGUUGCUUCUAAUGACCCAGUGUCGUCCAUACACAUCGUCCUUUCCUUCGGCCGCCGGCACUCCUGGUGGCUCUUCAAUGAGAGUCAUUGCAGGUGGUACAACAGUUGUCGAUUUAAACAUGUGUUCCCACUGUGGCGGGGCUCACCCGGCGGUCUUUGUUUUAGGAGAUGAAAACCCCUCCCCAGGACCGCGUCAAAGGAUGACGUUCCUCAGGGGGAGGACCCCGGUACGGGCAGAAAGACUGCUGCCGUGGCUCGUGCGGUAUCCCAGGCAGGUGUCUGGGCCUCGUUCCCAAGAAGGAACCGGGGGUGUUUCGGCUGAUUCACAUCACCUGUCCUUUCCAGAGGGGGCUUCAGUUAACAACGGGAUUACGAAGGAUAGUCGGGUCUGAUACGCUUCUUUUGAUCUGGCACUGGAUCUCGUUCGGGAAGCAGGGCCCAGAUGGCUAAUUCUGAUAUUCAGUUGGCCUUUCGGUUGCUCCCAGUUCACUUUUCCUGUUUUCACUUGUUGGGGUGUCAGUUUCAAGGGGAUUUUUCUAUAUGUGCCUUCCCAUGGGUUGCUCGAUUUCUUAUUAUUUUGAAGUUUUUAGUACGUUGCUGGAAUGGAUCGUGAUGGAGGUGUCAGGUUUAACUUCCUUAUCUUCACUAUCUUGAUGUAGCGGAGUGCUAGUCUUUCACAGACUAUCUCCGCUGGUAAUCCAAAUAAGGCUCAGGAACAAGUAAUAAAACCCAAGAGAAUAAUAUCCACAAUUAGCAAAGUAAUCCAAAAGUAUCCCACACGUUUCCCAAUGACUGGACGACACACAGCAUUAGGAACAGAACUGAAGUUUAAUUUCACAUGCCUGCUUUUAAGCAAUUCUCCCAUGCAAGGGAGACACCCACAGUAAUUAUUACAGUAACCAAUAAAAUACAUGUUACCUCCCACACAUCUCCCCUCAGCAUGACACAUAAUCCACUUAAUCCAUGUACAUUAUUUCCCCAGUUCCUGGAUGUACCCCAAAUACAUAGGAUACACUCCAAAAUAGGGCUUCCCCGGUAGCCCUGAUCUGGGUGAGUAACAUACUCAAAAAUCACUCAAAUCAGACCAGGGGUUCGGGAGUUAUGGAAGAAUAAAGUUUUGACCGACUGUAGCCGAAAAUUGUUCCAUAAGUUUUGGCCUUGCGGUCGGUCUUUGUUCAUGGGUAUAAACAGAUGAAGAAACCCGAAUGAAAUGUUGGGAUGGAGGUGUACAACUGAUGGGGGAUCUACCUUUUGGCCAUUGUUGUGCUGGAGGGGGCAACAAAAGAGAAAAGCCUUUGCACCAAGUUACUCUAAAAACAUUAGUUCCGCCACUGAAUACCUGUGUUCUGUCAGAGAGCUUGAUGUCUGGGUGAAAAAAUAAAUAAGUCUGACACUGUUCAACCCCCACCCCCUAAUCAAGUGUCCCUAUUUCCAUUUGAAAGGUUUGGAGGUAUUGCAUAUAUAGCAGUUAUAACUGCAUCAGCCCAGUAUUUAUGCAAAUCUGUCAGCAUGUAUCAGACCAUAUCCAUUACAAGUGAUUCUUAUUUAAAAGAAGCAUUAAAGCAUCAUACAUGAUUUUUAGGAGGGGAAUAAUAGGGACACUAUAGGCACUUCCUGCAGUUUAUGGUUGUUUAACUCUGAAAUUAUGCUUGGCAUCCUCACUCUGCACAAAGGACAUCCAGCUUGUCUUGAAAACCCCAUAGGAAAGCAUGGAUUCAAUGCUUUCCUAUAGGCAAGGCCUAAUUCAUGCCGGUUUCUGAAUCUCCGUGAUGCCAGAGCAGCAGAUCCAGCACAGGGGGGGGCGGGGGGAACCUCACAUAACCCAUUAGCCAUCGGGUGAAGCUGAGGAGGCAGCAGGGCCGGCGCUUCCCAAAGGCCAAUUAGGCGGCUGCUGAGGGUGAUCUUUAAGGAGCACUGCUUUUAGGCCACCAUCUAUCAAACUGGGCUAUGUGUUCAGCAGUUCAGAAGUGAGUUCAGCAGUUCUUGGCACCGGGCACUAAUGCCAACUAAAGCAGGCAUCCACCUGAGCCUGUGAUGGAGAGGCUAACUUUGAGCCUCCACUGCCGCUCCCUCCUCCUUUCAGGCAGAGAGAAGGGCAUAGUUUGCUCGCUACCGUCCCUUUCUCUGUACUGGGAGACAUGGGGCGGGAGCAUAUCAGGAAGUGAGGCUGAGACAAGGAGAGUGACAGCAGCCAGGCACAGUCAAGAUGCCCGCAGUCUGGUAGGUACCAUGGCUACUAUAGCCAUGUAGCUACCGAGAGAUUUCAUAAUGUACACUAACCAGUACUACUGGGUAAUUAUUUUACGUACUGUUAUGGGGGGAAUGGGGGAGAAGGCACAUUAAAAAUGUGUGCUGAUCAGACAAGGGAAUAUGAGCCCUAACCACUGAUUUGCCUGGUAGCAAAAUCACAUUGCAUGCACCCUGUUCAUUGUACGGAUGAUCUAAAUAUUGUAUUGUUUGAAUGUUGGCUACCAGGGGUGUUUCUAGGUGCCUAAAAAAAAUACUUGGGGCAUGAGACCAAAGAAAAUCCACUCUCCACUGAAUAAUCUAAGGAUACUGGGAGUGGCAGAUAUUUGGUGGGUGUGGAAUGAGGGAAGGCAUUGUAGGUGUGGAGGUUGGGAAUAUAGGUGGCAUGGUGAGUGUUAAAGAAAGGAAGCAAGAGGAUUUCUGAGUAAGUGGGUAUGAAUGAUUAUGUUGGGGGGGGAAUUAUGGCUACAGGUGGGUGCAUACUAGCUAAGGAAGUUACAGAGUGGCCAUCAAGAAAGGUGAGAUGGGGAGAGAGACUCCAACGUUGCCUCAUCUGAACAAGAUUUGUAUAUCUACUCAGAACCGGAAUAGCACACUAAAAAUGUUGUAUUCCUCAAAGUGUCUAAACCAGGUUCAUAUAGUAAUAUUUCAUAAUCUACUUCUCUUGAGCCACGUGUGCCCGUGGACCUCACUACGACAACAUAAUCCUCCAAUAAUAUUGAAUCUCUCCUUUUCCUCCAUUUCUACAAUAAUACUUCUAAUAAUGUUCUUCUACAUCCUACUAUUGAUAAAGCCACUCUCUGACAUUCCCUAGAAAUUCAGAUCACAACUCCAUUCAGAAUCAAUACAGACAGGCAUCUCUAUAAUCAUAUUCACUACCUCUAUCCCUGUUUAGGUCUUUAGCUUUCCAACUGCAAUGAGUUCAAAAUGGUCUUCAAGCCACUUUCCUUAUUUAAUAAUAUAUCUACACACUGUGCAAGCAUGGGUUAAUAUGGCAAUGCAGGCCAUUCUCGCAGGAGUUGCAGUGAGAAGCAGCUGGAAAGACAAGAUGGUGCUGGCUGGGCCCCUUCUCACCACAUGCUAUGUUGCAUCGCUUCCUCUCAUCUCAUCCAGACACAUCAGGUACCUCCUUGCACUAUACACUCUGCAUCCACUACACAAACAUACAAUCUGCAUUCACCAUAAACACACUAGAUCCAUUAAACACUACAACCCCUAUACAUGUACACUACAUCCACACGCUACAGGGGGGACGGAGUCAAGGGCAGCACCAAUGAGGCGGCAAAAUGAAGCUUUGCCUAGGGUGGCAAAAAUCCUUGCACCAGCCCUGGGAGGCAGAUGAACACUAUUGUGUUAGAAAUACAGUUUUUCAACAGGAACUGUAAAAAUUGCCAAGACAUUAGGGAUGUUAAAUUCAUGCCAUACAUUACCCGUGGUUUUGGAUGAGACUAUAAGUUUGGGUGGCAGCUUUAAGAGACUCUGUUGUGGCUGCUGUGCAUUCAUCCACAUAAAUCACCAGAGGUUGAUGCUGGCCAGUGACUACAGACAACUCCACCGAUAUUGAGGAGCCCAGGGCAAAAUCUUUAUGGUCAGAAGGUCUGGAAAAAUCAUCUAUGGAGAGAAUUUCCUAUGUUACGUUACAUGUACAAGUGUCCCUGAUCUAAGCUGCAAAUUGUUCAAAUCGAAUACAUUUCAAAAUUUUCAUUACAUGCAGGAACUAAAUUUAUAGCACGUUUUACAGAAAUAACUAUACCAUUCAUUAUGUGGGCUGAGAAUUCAAGGAUGCCUUCUCCUGACAGCUGGGCUACCACAGGAACAUCAGGGGGCACAGUGGGGUUCAGAGAUCUAAAGUAAUAAAGGUUACAGGUGGAUUUAUUAAGCAUCAAGUCACUAAAUAGGGAUUUUUACAUUUAAAAUGCAUUAAAAGGGACCAGAUUGCCAAGAAAAAUAAAGUGUUUGUGGUGUGGGUAAGUCAAAAAAAAAAAUCUUUAUUCCCCCCCCUCCCAACCCCCAGUUAUAUCGGUUUUUCAAAAGAGAAAAAAGAAAAUGGAAUUUCACAUAACAUGCAGUCAGAUCCAAUUUGCCAACAAAAUCCAGCAAAUAAGCAAUAGAGAAUUACAAAGUUAUGUUAAAUUGUAAACACUAGUGUCACCAUAAGGAAUUAUGAUAAAGGACUUGGUCAUAGUAUAUCAUAAGAACUUUGUUUACAAGCACCGACCCCCAUGAGCACAGAAAUGUGAGGGUGAAAGAAAAUAAGAUCAUAACCCCAACACAACGUUUCCAUCUCAUGACCAGUCUUUGGCUCUUCCAGUCAUUCUACCUUCAAUAUAUGAGAGGUCUAAGUACCAAAGCCAGUAUCUCCACUCUGAUGGGCUACAUAAUAAAGCCACUGUGUGCAGGUGUGCAAGCAUCUAUCAGAGGAACACCUUAGUGUUGCAGUCAGGAAUUCCAUCGUACAAUUGGUAUACAUUGUAUUGUUAAAAGAAAAGUGUGCAGAUAAAGUUUGUUGUUACUCCAAGUUUUCACUGCACUUUCUGUAGCACAACUCAUAGUCAAUAGUAUGUUAUAAGUAUCUCAUCACGUGCUUAGCGGUGGUUUAAUGCUGUUCUGUUGGUUCUGACAAGCACUGUGACAGUUUACUGAUCACCCAGCUUAAAUCUGGUCUUGAACUGGUCACUGCAUACAACAAGCUACCUACUACUUAUCAAUAUCGUUUUGUAUCUACAGGAUCAUUAUGAUCACCAUGGUCCAGUUUUUGUUCACAUGGUGUUGAUCUGGGUUUACAAUCUGUCAUUCCAAACUUCUCCAGAAUCUUUGAUAUGUAUCUUUUGAUUCAUCUUUACCAAACCAUCACUUUGUUCAAAAUGAAUACCUAGGAAGCGUUUGAUCCUUCCAAGAUCUUUCAUCUUAAAUUUUGCUGUAAGCAUUUUCUUCACAUCAUUGAGAAUGGUUUCUUCCCUGGUGCCGAUAAUGAGAUCAACCCAUAUUAACAGUAUUUCUCUCAUGUCCACAUUGUUUGACAUACACAGUGGUCGGUUGGAUUUUGUUCAAACCCAUUCUCAUUUAAAUGAUCAUGCAGCAUCUUGUUCCAAUUCCUACCUGAUUGUUUGAAACCGUACAAUGACUUGUUCAAUUUUAAAACUAGUUUCUCAUUUUGCUUGGACUUUACCUCAAAUCUCUGGUUGUUCUACAUAAACCUCACAGUAAAUUGGGGCAUGUAAAUAGGCUGUUUUUACAUCCAUCUGGUGAAGUAAAUCAUAAUGUUCUGCAAUUUGCAUAAAAAUACAUCUUGAUGUAACGUUUACAGUUUGAGGGAAACCCCCCCCCCCCAAAAAAAUAAAUAAAAAAAUAAAAAAACUUUCUUGUAAUCAAUUGCCAUUACUUUACUAUACUAUAACCUUUAGUGACAUAUCUGGCUUUGUAUGUUUCUAGCCCAUCAUUGUUUUUCACUGCAUACACCCAUCGACCCCCACUGAAUGUUUACCGUCUAGUAAAGUAGUCAAAGUGAAUGUGUCAUUUUCCUCAGUGAAUCUUUUUCCUCUGUCAUAGCGUUAAGCAAAUAUUUUGACUGAGGUGAACUUGUACCACAAACCUUUAAAGAUGCUAUAUCAAACACCUUGUACCAGUAAUCAAUGUUUGGUAGUAAAUGGUCAUCACAUUCAAAAUGAAGGUUCUUAAACACAGGCUUGUGAAGUUUAUAACAAAAGGAAUUUUUGAAAGACUCAGACUAAUUUGUUAGAUGAGGAUUGCGAUGCCCCCUUAUACCAAAAACCAGUGAGACUGGAAUUGAGUGUCCUGAGAUGAAGCAAAUUUCUGAAAUAGAAGCUUUAGGAAAUGAGAACAAUGGUCAGGCAGGUAAUGACCAUAGUACAUAUUACUGUAUAAGAGGAAAAACUCCGUACUUGGAGGACUAGGUUUCAGAUUUUGAAUGCGAUGAUCAGUUACUAACAAAUAUUACUGUUACAAGGUGUUUGAUGUACCACAAACCUUUACAGAUGCUAUAAGUUCACCUCAGUCACAAUUUGCUUAAUGCUAUGAGGAAAUAGGGGAAAGAUUCACUGAAAGAUAUCCCCUGGACUGCAAGGAAGGGGAGGCAUGACUGCUGUCUUUCAGUAACGGGGCGGGAGUAUUAGAGAUACAUAGUUGCAAGAUGGGGGGAUAUAAGAAGGAAAGCAGAAAGGAGGGUACUCACCAGAGCAGAAGGAGCAGUCUGGAACAGUUUCAGAGCCCUUUAGCCAUUUGCCUUCUGCUGUUUAAAAAAAAAAAUUUAGUUGCAAGCCAGGCCUUCCCUGCAAGAUGGUGGAUUUGUCAAGGGAGGCUUUGCUGGGGGUGCUGCAGGCCUACCUGUCGUCUCAUGGGUCCGGUUCUCUGGCGUAUAAUGGCUGACCUUCCCCAGGCCCGGAUGGACGCGGAGCAGCCGGUGGCAGAGACCCCUUCUCUGGCCCACGGGAGGAGGCAGAGGCGUUCUAGGCCUCCUUCCCCCCAGUCCGGUGCGUAGAGGUGUAGCGGAGGCCAGGACCAGCGGGCAGCAGGCGGCUUUGGAGCAUGGAGUGCCUUCCUGGGCAAGUAUAACGGCCGAUCAUGCUGGUUGCGGGAAGCGGUUCCCAAUGCAGAACUCUAACUCUAUACGGAUGCAUCAGGGUCGGUAGGGUUUGGGGCUUUCUUUCAGGGCAAGUGGUGUGUGUCUGCUUGGCCGUCGGCAUGGCGGGAGCUGGAGGUGAUGCAGAACCUCACGUUCUUGGAACUGUUCCCCAUAGUGGUGGCGCUAGCACUUUGGGGGGACGAAUUGUGGAACCGAGUGGUGGUUUUUCACACUGAUAACGUGUGGUCCAUGUGAUUAACCGAUCAUCGUCUGCGUCUCCUCCAGUAUUGGCCCUCUUGCGUCACCUAGUGCUGCUUAGCUUGCAUCUUAAUGUGUGGUUGCAGGCUCGGCAUGUUCCCGGGGUUUUGAAUGUGGUGGCUGUUUCAGUGGGACCGUUUUCGGGAGUUGGCGCCGGGAGCAGAACAGGAGGGUCUUUGCUGUCCGGCAUAUUUAUGGGACCUGGUUUCAGAGGGCUGAUGUCCUUGGUAUCGGAAUCAUUGUCGGCUGCUAUGUAGAAGGCGUACAGGUCGGUAUGGGUAGGUUGGUUGUCUUGUGUGGAUGGGUCUGAUCAAAUGUCAUCGAGUCAGUCCGGUUCUCAGUAACGUUGUGCUACAUGAAUAGGCUCCUGGAGCAAGGGCAAUCAUGUGCCUCGGCUGAGAGCUGUCGGCUCUGUCAUUUUUGUUUCGCUUUUUAGGCUGGCGGGACAUAACGAAGGAGUUUUGCCUGCAACGGGUUCUGCGCGGUUGGAGGAGUUGGAGGCGUCCGGACCGGCGGAGGCCGAUUUCAGUGGACCUGUUGUGGCAGUUGUUGGGGGCGUUACCGAGGGUCUGUGGCUCAGUCUCUGAGUGUCGGCUGUUUCAGGUCAAUUUUGUGCUGUGUUUCUUCGGUGCGUUGUGGGUGGGGGAGCUUGCCGCCCCCAAUCGCCGGUCAGUUUCUCCUCUCUUGCUGUCAGAUGUGCGUUGGGCAGAUGGGUUUGUGGACCUGCAUAUUCGCAGAUCCAAGACAGAACAAGAAGGUGUUGGUGCAUGGCUCAGGGUGGGGAGCUCUGGGGUGAGUAUUGUCCUGUCCGGCUCUUCCACCAGUAUAUGGAGAGUCGGCAGGCGUCGGCCUCGCUGUUGGUGCAUGCGGAUGGGUCCCCGCUUACGCUUUCAGUUCGCAUCGGUGUUGGGGAGAGCCUUGGUGGACUGCGGUCAAGAUCCUUCCGGUUUCUCGCCUCAUUCUUUCAGAAUCGGGGCCGCCACUCAGGCUAGCGGUAUGGGUUUGGCAGGUUCAGUGGUGCAGUGAUUAGGCAGAUGGGCUUCUAGGAGAUAUCAACUGUAUGUCUGACUGCAUCUGUUAUAAUUUGUUUCAGGCUGUGUUCCCCGUUAUGUUUGGAUCUUGGGGCAUUCGUUUAUUUAUUGGGCAGCUCAACGGGCUCAGUCUCGCUCCUACAGACGGAACCUAGGGAUCUCCUCAGACAUAGCGAUGGUACGCUGGAGCGGUGUUCGAGGUCUGUCCUGGAGGCAAGUCUAUCCGGAGUGCGUGGCCCUUAGCAGGUUCGUGUCAGGUCCUGUUACAAUUUUGAUUCAUGCGGGGGGUAAUGAUUUAGGGAGGGUUAGAUCGGUGGAUCUGAUGCACUCUGUCAAACACGACUUGGCCCGGUGUUUGGCUCUAUUCACAGCCUGUAUUCUGAUUUGGUCGGAGAUUGUUCCCCGUCCUCGCUGGCAGGUCUUGUCGCAUGCCAAGGGUCUGGAGCGGAGCAAGUGUAAGCUCAACAUGACGGUCUCUCGGUUUGUGCAGCAGCUUGGUGGCGUGGCGGUCCGGUAUGUUGAGCUGGAGGGGGACAAUUGGAAUUUGAUGAGGGCUGACGGAGUGCACCUGAACCAAAUCUGAUUGGACAUUUUUAAUGCGGGUCUGCAAUCGGGUAUAGAAAAGGCGCUGUCUGCGGGGGGCGCAAUGCCGGAAAAGGAGAGGGAGGGCCGGCAAUGUGGUGGUGGAGUUCCUGGCCAGCACACGUAAUGCACGGAAAGGAUUUGGGGAGUCGCAGCCUGCUAGGGCGGAUGGCCGAAGGCAGGCUGUACGAACUCUGGAUAAAGACUUGGAGUAUCUGUCUGUUGGGUAGUCACCCCAACAGCUGACAGGUGGAAAUGCUGGCGAUGUUAAAGUUUAAUAAAGCUGUGGCCGUUGCCCUUACCCAAUCAGGUGUCAUGUCAUUAUUGGGGGUAACGGGUAUGGUAUUUGGGUCAGCAGUCAAGAAAAGGACACAUUCACUUUGAUUACUUUACCAGACAGUAAAUGUUCAGUGGGGGGGUCAAUGGGUAUAUGCAGUGAAAAAUAAAGUUGAUGGGUAGGCAACCUUUUAGCAGCACUGUGCCAAUAUAGGAUUGUGAUGUCCCGUAGAGUGCUGGUCCUAUUUUUUUUUUAAAGCAAGGUUUGUAUGCUGCUGUAUUCUGCUAGUGUUAUUUAUCCUGUAAUUGCUAUGCAUCAUAUUUGUGAGUAUAAGCUAUGUUGUAUAUGUUCAGGAGUAGUUUGUGGUAUCGUGUAUGAUACAUAUGAAUGGGCUGUGUAUGGGGGCUGCUUGUGGAAUUGUGUGUGGAUGGAUAUGUCACAUUGUGUGUAUGUGUGGGAGCUGUUUGGGUUAUUGCAUGUGAGGUUGUGUGCAUGUAUGUGGAUUGUUCGCGGGUUACGUUUGUGCGGAUUGUAUGUAUGUAUGUUUGCGGGCUGUUCGUAUUUGUAUGAGGGGAGGGUUAUUCUGCAGCUCUGUGUGUAUCUAGCAGUGUGGGUGGCUUCCCUGCAGUGGUGUCCAUACCAUGGUUGCAGGGGUCACGGCUGCGACCGGGCCCGGCCUCCCUGCCACUGUGGCCAGCCUCUUCUCCUGGGGGGCCCAGGAGCCAGCCACCUCAGGGCCCCCCGAGGCUGGCCCUGGUGUCACCCAGCGGACUAUCUGGCUGGUGGGCGCGCGAGGGAGUGCUUCCUCUUCAGCUCUUCAGAGAGUGUGUCAGUUACUGAGUGUUAGUUUGUGUGCGUCUGUUAGUGAUUGUGUGUUUUGUAAGUGUGUGUAUGUAUGUCUGUCACUGAGUGUGUCAGUAAAUGUGUGUUUGUUCAUGAGAGUGUGUGUGUCUUAGCUAGUGUGUAUGCGUCUGUUCGUGAGAGAGUGUGUGUGUGUGUGUGUGUGUGUGUGUGUGUGUGUGUGUGUCUUAAGCACUUCGCUUUCUCCAGCGCUGGACUCCCUUGGCGCUGGGGAUCUCUCCGCCCCGAUCCGCCUCUCAGCUCCAAAUGCACAUGAGCAUUCAAACCGCCCAUAGGAAAGCAUUACUCAGUGCUUUCCUAUGGCUGUUCAGCAGCGUCUCACUGAUUUUCACAGUGAGAAUCGCGGAAGCUCCUCUAGCGGCUGUCAAUGAGACAGCCACUAGAGGCUGGAUUAACCCACAGUGAAACAUAGCAGUUUCUCUGAAACUGCUAUGUUUUCAGCUGCAGGGUUAGAACUAGAGGGACCUAGCACCCAGACAACUUAAUUGAGCUGAUGUGAUCUGGGUGUCUGUAGUGGUCCUUUAAGUAUGUGUAUCUGCAUGCACUGGCGUACAUACCACAGUCGCAGGGGUUUGCAGCCCUGCGACCAGGUGCCCGCCACCAUAUGUUGCGGCCCAAGCCGGCACAGAGUAAGCGCGUGGGGGGGCCCCAGAUGAGUUUUCGCACCAGGGCCCCAUGAGUUGUGUGUACGCCACUGCUUCCCUGGGUUCCAGGUACAGGUCAAGGACAGGAGCUGCAACAGCGGCUGCUCUACUACAGUGUUGAUUCUCAUUCACAAGUGCUGGGAGGAAGUGAUCUGAGAUAACUUACUCUAUGUGCUGCAAUGCAUAAAUUGAGGAUUGUGCUUCACCACCUUUUUGUAUUAGCAGAUAUCUGAAGUUUCACUGGGACUUCUGAUAGGCCAGAGCCUGUUUGGCUCUGGCAGCCUUGAGUGCCGUAGGUUGCCUACCCCUGGGCUACAAACAUACAAAGCAAGAUAGGUCGUUAAAGGUUAUUGUCCAGUAAAAAGACUAACUAGAAAAGGGAGUGCCAAGCCGAUUAUGCCGGGCCAAGCUCUUUAGACAUUACCAGUGACAAGCCUCAUCACUGGCAUGCUCACCAGAUGCUUGUCCCCCUAGUCAGACUUCAUGUCUUCCUAUAUUGGGAAGUAUGCAAACAAUUUUUUACUGUAAUCUGGAUAAUUCUCAUUAUCCUAUUGAUAGACUCAUUGUCUGUAGAUAUUCUGACACUACAUCACCUGGUUAAAAUACACGUAACCGAUUCUGUAAAUUCCAGAGGGUAAUUGCUGGCUGAGUUACUAGAGUACUGGUUGAUGCUGGUGUCUGAGGGCUUAUAGAUCAAAUCUGCGGAAUACUUUACAUUAUUUCCAUAAGUCUGCAGAGAGAAGAGAUUAAGUCAUUCCAUUCAGAAAAAACAGAGUAAGCAAAGACAUAAAAAGUGCCAAGCCAUAGUCUGCUGAGAAAUUAAUAUUUACAAGUAAUGAGGCACUUUUGUUUCUGGGGAAAAUUAAACAGUUUUGGUAACAAACAUAUGAACACAACUAAUGGCUCUUCAAAUUAUGGGUACAAAUUAUAAUGAAAGCUAAAUAUGCCAAAAGAGAAAAUAAAUAAAAAAAGUCUGAUCAGGCAUUUCCACUUUAGGGUCAAAAUCCAAAUUAGAGAUGUCGCGAACUGUCCGCCGGCGAACAAUAGCGUGUUCGCGUUGGGCGAACAUAUCCGGUUUCCGGUCCGCCCCCUAUACGUCAUCAUUGAGUAAACUUUGACCCGGAACCUCACAGCCAGCAGAUACAUGCCACCCAAUCAGCAGCAGACCCUCCCUCCCAGGAAGUGUCUGCUGACUGUGAGGUUCUGGGUCAAAGUUUACUCAAUGAUGACGUAUAGGGGGUGGACCGGAAACCGGAUAUGUUCGCCCAACGCGAACACACUAUUGUUUGCCGGCGGACAGUUUGCGAACAGUUCGCGACAUCUCUAAUCCAGAAAUAAAAUUAAAAUGGUAUUGCACAAAGGACUCCAACAACAAAUUUAGGGAAGGGACAAGAAAAAAACCAAAUGCCCACACAAAGUACACACUGACCAGGGAAGAAACUCACUAUGUGGCACAGAUUAGACAUACCAGAACAGUGAAACUGCAAUCCGUGAAUUUGUAAUUGAACGCCAGGUUUCCUUUGGGAUCUGUAGUACUAGAGGCCACGCAUGUACCAAGAUGCAGUUUUGAAGGAUCCAAAUUUAGUCCAAUUGCCAAAGGGUCAUUUUUAACAAGCAAACUUAUAGCAGUUUGACCGCAAGUGUACUGGAAGGAAUUAAUGGGGGCUGCGGAAAAUAAAUUAAAAAAAGAAAAUUUCACUUCAGGAUAGCAUAUCAAUGAAACUUAACAGCUUUCCCUUUUCACACCUUGAUAACCCACCUUGCUUCCUCUCCUGCCACUGCCAUCAUAUUUAAAAAUAUAUAUAUUAACAAAAUACUUUUCCCCCAUACAUGCAAUACAUCCUAUUCUUACCUCUUGUGUCACGUUGCCUUUCUCCCCCUAGAAUGUAAGCUUAUUGGAGCAGGGCCCUUAACACCGUCUAUUCCCUUGAGUCCAAAGUGACUGAGUGUAGAUGCAUUGGAGAAUUAUUCCAGUUUUGCUAUUGUGAAGCCAUUUUAGUGAAUAGCCCUGGAUAUGUAUUAAAUGCAUUAUGACAGAAUUUCAGUGGUUGGGGAAAAACCUGCCUAUAUGUCAAAUCUAUAUAGAAGUGUUUUUAGCUGUUCAAAACGCAAACCAUAUAAAUCAAGAUAAGCCUGAAGUUUUGCAUUUUAUUUUAGACUUUUACUCAAAUACAAGUUUUACAUUUGCACUUUGAUAGUUAUUUUCUUUAUUAUCCAAAAUGGUGCCAGGCUACUUUUUUUUCAUUUCAAGGCUUUAUUAAGGCAUAGAGUUGUAAUUACAGUUACAGUAGAACAUUAUUACAGUGAAGGUAUACAGGAGACUCGCAGGUCUCAGUAUAAUAAGACAGUGACACACAGGUUUUCACCUAUUUGGCCGUUUGCUUCUGCUGUUGCCAGCGGCCAGAUAGUUCAGACAUUUGGUUAACAAUUUUAAGCAUUCAUGUUGGAAUGUCACCGUUAGCAGGUGAAGGCCAGUUCGGGGGUUGGGUUGUAAAGGCAGAUAUUGUUGUUAAUAUAUGACAGGUAUCGAACGUCAAUACAAUAGCAUUCAUGGCACGUCACCUAGCCUUGUUAGACAGGUCAGUAAAGUGUACAGCUUUGUUGUGGUCUAUGUAAGGACAUAGGUCAUAGGUCGCAUUGUAGAUUAUACAGUAGGAAUUUUGAGCUAUGUGGUGCACUCUCUUAGUACAGCUAGCCUGCUGGAUGGGGUGGGUAUUGGAUGGCAACCACUCUUCGUGUGUUCAGUGGCUCCUGGGUUGUUGGUGGUGUGUCGGGCCAGUUUCUGAUUUGGCCAGCCGAGUACGACGUGCGGAGGUGGGUGGAGGGGGUGUGUGGGCAGCAGGGAAACACGGUUCUGGGAUCUCUGUCAGGUAGGACUGUUCAAGAUCCGUUGGGGUGGGGGGCGGGGAGCAGUUGUCGAGGAGUGGGGUGUUUGGAGGUCGAGGGUCCGUCAGGUAGUUUUGUCGUGUGUGUUUGCUACGAGUGUCCCCUCUGAGUUAGAGGGAAUUCAAAGAUUUUUUCAAAUGUUUCUCUGAAACUGCAUGAGCAUUAGGCUCUCCAUGCCAUUGCUGAUGUCAGAGGAGGCGGAGAGCGAUCCAGUGCCAAAGAACCGCGGCCCUGGAAUCAGGUCAAUCGAGAAAAAGUUUUAUUUAAAAUAAAUAUAAAUUAAAAUAGUCGUAUUUUAACAUUUUUUUAGAUGUUUUUAGGUCUGCAGUGUCCAAUUAAUAAAAAUGUAUCUGCCUUAUUUUAGAAUGGGAGCAUCUAAGAUGACAGGCACCUGACAUGUAAAUCCAGUAAAUUCAAAUCCAGACCAAAGUAGCCAAACUGGACUUGGAAAAUUCCCCCUGAUGUCAGCUAUUUUGGCCUAAAAUCUUUAAAUUCCCAGCACUUCACAAUUUAGUGAAUAACCACAUUUAGUGUGAAAUAUCAAGUAUUGAAAGUGAAUUUCAACGUUUAGGCCAAAAUACACAAACUAAAGACAAGGAUUUUACAGAAAAGUAAUCCAGAUUGGCUAGUCUCAGUAAAACUAGAUUUCAUAGAUUAUUCCAAAUUUAGGUUACAUUCACAAUUAGACCUAGAAAUGCAGAAAGUUGCUGGUAUCAAUAUAAACUAAACCUGCUUUCAAUUAAUGAAAGAAUGCAUCAUAUUGACAGAAAUAAACAGUAUUUUGUGGGAUGUGAGAAUUCAUAAGCAAUUAGAGGUUGUUACAAACAUUAAUAACAAAUGCAACAAACAAAAAUGCUAGAAAUACUGAAUGAAUCAGUCAGGAUGAGUGGGGGGGGUGGGGGAUGUUUUAUCAGAAUAGUCAUCAUUAGGCUUCUAGUUGGUUUUCUCAGGAUAUAUUCCAAACCUGGCCACUGUUCACUUUUUUAAAAUUUAUAUUCUUCUUCAAAAAAAAAAUAAAUUUAAGAAAGAGGGGGAUGUGGGGGUGUUAAUUGUACCCACUUACCAUUCUGGUCACCAAGAACCAUUAAGUAGCUCAAAGACAGACUCAACAGUUGCCCCCAAAAUUCCAUUUUCCCAAGUAGUAGCACCCGCCUGCAGCAUGUAUAUAUAGAGAUCCUUCCCUCAUUGUCACAGCUGAUAGCAAUAUCUCAAUAUCACUCCUAACUGAUUGCAAAUAAUCUUCUGUUGAAGUAUGUGAAACCUAUUCAUGACUGAACCUUUUCUGAAAUUCCAUGGGUUUGUGCCCUUUUUUGCACUUAAAGGGACACUUCAGGCACCCAGACCACUUCUGCCCAUUGGAGUGGUCUGGGUGCCAACUCCCAAUACCCUUAACCCUGCAAGUGUAAUUAUUGCAGUUUUCAUAAACUGCAAUAUUUACCUUGCAGGGUUAACUCCUCUAGUGGCUGUCUGCUAGAUAGCCACUAGAGGGCACUUCCUUGUUUAUAGCACACGAAAAGUGUGCUAUAGCGUCUCUGGACGUCCUCACGCUAUGAGAGGACCUCCAGCGUCGCUGAAAUCCCCAUAGGAAAGCAUUGAAAGCAUUUUUCAAUGCUUUCCUAUGGGGAGGUCUAAUGCGCGUACGCGACAUUGUCUUAGGUCUCCCCCGCCGGCGGCUGCGCAUGCGGCAAUAGGUCUCCCCCGCCGGAUGACAUCGGGCGGACCCUGAACCAGCGCCGAGGGACAUCGGUGCUGGAUACAGGUAAGUCACUGAAGGGGUUUUAACCCCUUCAGCAACUUGGGAUGGGGGGUGGGAGGGAGAGGGGACCUGAAGUGCCAGGAAAAUGGUUUGUUUGCCUGGCACUGGAGAGUCCCUUUAAGCUAUUUACUUGUUCCACCGUAAUUUAACACCUCCUUAAAGGACCACUAUAGUGCCAGGAAAACAUACUCGUUUUCCUGGCACUAUAGUGCCCUGAGGGUGCCCCCACCCUCAGGGUCCCCCUCCCGCCCGGCUCUGGAAGGGGAAAGGGGUUAAAACUUACCUUUUUCCAGCGCUGGGCGGAGAGCUCUCCUCCUCCUCUCCUCCUCCUGGGCUGAAUGCGCACGCGCGGCAAGAGCUGCGCGCGCAUUCAGCCGUCGCAUAGGAAAGCAUUUACAAUGCUUUCCUAUGGACGCUUGCGUGCUCUCACUGUGAAAAUCACAGUGAGAAGCACGCAAGCGCCUCUAGUGGCUGUCAAUGAGACAGCCACUAGAGGGAAUAGGGGGAAGGCUUAACCCAUUGAUAAACAUAGCAGUUUCUCUGAAACUGCUAUGUUUAUUAAAAAAAUGGGUUAACCCUAGCUGGACCAGGCACCCAGACCACUUCAUUAAGCUGAAGUGGUCUGGGUGCCUAGAGUGGUCCUUUAAAGGGAUGCUCCAGUCCCCUAAAGCACUUUAACUUGCUGAAAAGCUUUAUGUGUUAAGAGAGUGUCCUCUUUUUGUCAUUUUCCAAAAAGUGCAGAUUUCAAUAUAAACCUACACUUUCAAAAAUGAACCUGGGAACACCUCCAUAGCUUUCAAGCAGACAACAGGUCCUGUUACUUCCUGGUUGGUUAACUCAGCUGAGCUAAAUUCAAGUUGCAGCAAUUGCUCAGAGAGCAAUUGUGUUCAAAGACUUCUCAGUGGGUUGCAUUGGGAAGUCUGUAAUUGGACAGCCACAGAAAGUCUGGUUGGGUUAGAAGGGGAGGGCUUGCAAAGGCAGCAGACAAGAAAACUGCAGUUUUUUUCCAAACUGUUUUUAGAUACAUCCUCAAUGAAAAAAUGCAUGCAUGUUUUCAUUGGGGUAUAUUUACUAAAUUUUUUUUGUUUGUUUUUGAUUUGACAAUCAACCGGACAUGAGGGGCGAAGGAGAGGAUGGAGUCAAAGAGAAAACCUUGAAAACGAGCCUGUGAGGUAAAGCUUAUGGUAGUGCCAUUGACUUGAAGGGAGAUUCCACUGGUUUUCAUGGUUACUGCCUUGCUUUUAGUACUAUAGACUACUUUCAAAAGACAGCACUUAACAUGUAAACCCCACCGAAUUUUAAUGGCCUUGUGUAUCCUACUAUUUGAAAGAAGCUACAUUUGUAUUAUACUGCAUCUUCCAAGUACAGUAGUACUCUAUGCAUAGUUGCCAACAGUCCCAAAUUUGCAGGAGAGUCCCACAUUUUGUCCCAGCAAAACGAAUUCUGCUGGCAGAGUUCAAAUACAGAAGAGGUUUGGGCACUAGGAUCAGGCAGUGCUCCAGGUUUGGUCUGCCUGAGGGGACCGAAUGUCUGUCAGCCUUGAAAUCACCUUUACCAGGCACGUGUGCCCCCUGCACCGAACCUGCUCUUUUCCUUGCCCACCUCUGUCCCAGAAGAUGGUGAGAGAAUAUUGGCAAGUUCUAGGGGCAACUUAUAGGAUAUUGGGGAAUUAAAAACACCCUAGGUUUGACAUGACUCUGAAUGCUUCCCAGAAAUGUUGUCUGGCAAAGUUGCACUAUCUGUGUUAGCGUCCUGACAAGCCUCACACUAAAUGCCUUUUCUAAUCCUAGCUUAUCCUAGUGUACAGGCCUACAAGAUCACAUUGUGCACUAUUAUUAAUGGAGAUCUUGCAUGACUUCCUUACAGUAAAGGGCGUGGCUGUCUCCGUAAUCACUUGCCAAUGUGGAAACCAGCACAAAGUGCAUACCCUAUACCAGUGAUGGCGAACAUUUUUGAGCCCAAGUGCCCAAACCGCAAUACAAACCAACUUUUUUGGCAGCAAUGCCAACACGACACUGUGAUUGUGAGAGGUGCAGUGUGUGUGAUAGUGAGGGCUGCAGUGUGUAUGGUUGUGAGGGGUGCAGCGUGUGUGAUUGUGAGGGGUGCAGUGUGUGUGAUUGUGAGGGGAUGAGGUGUGUGUGGUUGUGAGUGUUGCAGGGUCUGAGAGGGGAGCAUCUUUUUAAUUUUAUUAUUCUAUAUAUAUAUAUUUUAUAUUUUUAUUUAAAAAAAAUUUUAGUGUCCCCACCCACUCCCUGUUUCUUACCUGCUUCCAGUGAGGGAGGCAGCUUUUUCCCUGGUGGUCCCAUGGUGCUUUAGGUAGGUGGUCUCAAUCUUCACCUCUGCGUGUCCGUCUGGUGAAUGCACUUCCCGCGAAUCCCAGCACCACGUGGAAUCGAGCAUUGCCAUAGAAAGCAGCGUAGGUGCCUGCUGUUUUGAGCAGGCAGGUGCCUACUCUGCAUUGCUGCCAUGGGGUAUAAGGCUGCUGACCCGCGCCACUGGGGCCCCCAGCGACCUAUGGCUGCGUGCCCACAGAGAGGGCUCGGCGUGCCCACAGAGAGGGCUCAGCGUGCCAUAGGUUUGCCAUCGCUACAAAGUGGGUAAUAACAUGAAAAAAAUAGGGACUCUAAGAUCAGGUGGCCUAAAAUACAGAUUGAUUAACACAUAAAACAAAAAAAUAAUAAUUAAAAUUGAGAUGAUUAAAUUAUAUUGAAAAAGGCAUUGAAAGUCAUGUUUCAGUGUUUGCAGAUGACAUAAAGCUCUGUAAAGUAAUACAACAUGAGUAGGAUAUUGCUUUGCUGCAGAAAGAUUUAAAUAGAUUAGGGAAAUGGGCCCUCAAAUGUCAGAUUAAAUUUACCGUAGAAAAAUGCAAAGUUAUGCACUUCGGGGUAAAGAAUACACAAGCAAUUUACAAUUAGGGAUAACAACACAUGAGAAGGAUUAAGGAAUUGUUAUGGAGAACAAACUAAGCAACAGUGUGCAAUGUCAAAUGGCAGUUGCUAAGGCCAGUAAUGUAUUGUCAUGUAAAAAUAGGGGCAAUAAUUCUAGGGAUAAAAAUAUAAUUUUGCCUCUUUACAAAUAACAAAAGAGAUACUACACCUUAAAUAUGCUGUGCAAUUUGUGGCACCUUUUCUAAAGAAGGAUAUUAGCACUAGAAAAAGUGCAAGGGUGGUCUACAAAAUUAAUAAAAUGAAUGGAACAUUUUAGUUAAGAAGAAAGGUUACCAAAUUUAAAUCUUUUUAGUUUGAAAAAGCAGAGCCUCAGAGGGGAUGAUAGCAUUAUACGGGGCGGGGCUUGCUAACCGACCAGAACGGACGCCAUUCUUGAAAGCUCCUCCAAAAACAACCUGAAUCCAGCAAAUAUCUUCCCAACAAAGCCCCAUCCGACAAUAAAAACGCUCCAGCUGACCUGCCUGACCGGAGCCGCACCGAUAGAUGCCGUUCUUGUACACGGCAAAACACUCCAAGCCGCGGCGCAGGUCUGUGGCCUACUACGCGCCGACGAUCCUAGGCCUUGAGGCUCUCCUGCGCAGCAGCUACACACAGAGCCAGCCAGACACCGAGCCUCAUGCCACACAGACCACCCAUGUCUGCAAUGGAACGCCGGUCCCAAAAACCGAACUCCACGGCAGACAGCAGGGACAUAGGAGACAUGCUGAGGCAGCCUGCACAGCCCAGAACGCUCCGUACAGAGGAUCAAGGGGCGAGCACUCAGCACAGAAGGAGAAAGAACCCACUCUACUCACACAGGCAAGUCUCAUACAAUCUAUUGAGACUUCUGAUGGGUCGGCCCCCACCAACAAAAAUGACUUGAAAAACCUGCUUGCAGACAUACAUAAAUUAUGGGCAGCAGACUUAAAACUGUUGAGAAACGACAUACAAACCAUCACAGACCGGGUGCAAACCGCAGAGGAGGAUAUCCUUGACACCAGAUCAGAUAUCAAAACCCUUAAGGAGACACCAGCUACAAGAACAUCACUCACGCUUCUCCCUACAACUCACAGCCCUAGAAGACAAACAGCGCCGAAAUCACAUUAAAAUACGCGGAGCCCUGAUGAAGUCACAGCCGAGGAGCUCCCACACUAUCUCCGCAGGUUACUAACCACCAUAUUACCCCACACUACCGCCAAAACGAUAAUCAUAGACGGGGUACAUUGCAUAAAUAGCUCUGCCAAGCUGGCACCUGGCGUGGCAAGGGACGUCAUCCUCAGAUGCCUAACCUUCCAAGACAAAACCCAAAUAAUGUCAGCCCUGAGAAACAAAACGCCUCUGACCUUUGAGGGCCCCUCCUUGUCUUUUUUUUCAAGAUCUCACCAAAAGCACACUAGUCUGGCGCAAAUCAACGGGAACUGUCACCUCACAAUUGAGAAACGCAGACAUCACUUACCGCUGGGGAGCCCCAGGGUCCCUGAUAGUACCCCACAACGGAACUAAUCACACCAUCACCUCUGUCGAAGGGGCACCAGCGCUCAUGAAAGCACUGGGUCUGGUAGGGCAGAACAGGGGACAGCAAUCUAACACUGCCACCGAAAACUGGAACCCAGACCGCAUCACCCCCUUUGUCCCAUGGAACGACAACUGGGGCCAAUACAAUCUGUUGUCUGGAAAUCUAUUAUUAAACAAGACUAUACAUAGAACACAAGUUCACACAUUUAGACUAGAAGAAAAUAAAUUGAAUAUAAGGCAAUGGAAAAUAUUUUUUUUACAGUAAGAACUAUAAGGAUGUGGAAUUCUCUGCCUGAAGACGUGGUUUUGUCAGAAUCUAUGCAGAUGUUUAAACAACAAUUGUAAAAAUAUAAUAUUCAGGGAUAUCAUUUUUCAUUUGUGGAGUAAUUGAUCCAAGGAGAGAUCUGACUGCCACUCUGGGGUCAAGAAGGAGUUUUUUUUAGUUUGUUGCAAAAUUUGCGGUGCUUCAAACUGUAUUUUUUUUUUUUUGCCUUCUUUUGGAUCAACAGCAAAAGCAGAUGUGAGAAAGUAUGAACUUUAUGGACGCAUGCCUCUUUUCAGCUACGCAACUAUGCAUCUGUAAUUACAGAACACCACACACAGACUAGAUUGCAUUCUGUUUUCAGUUCAGUAGAGGUCAGCAUGUCUCUAGUUUCUGAACAGAUUUCUUGGUGAAAUAAUUGAUUAUACUGGAACUUAUCCACUAAGCACUGACAGGAUGAUUCACUAAAGUGCGAAUUGCGGGGAUUUAAACAGGGUUAUUUACUAACAUGAGAAUUAAAAGUGAAUUUCAGAUGUAAGCAAAAUUAGCAGAACUGGAAAAAUUCCCUAAGUCAAAUAUGCUUUCAAUUUGACUGCUCUGGCCUUAAAAGAAUACUAUGGUGUCAGAAAUAAAAACAUGUAUUCCUAACACUAAAGUGCUGGAAUAUAUAUUUUGGUGUCAUGCCCCCAUCUCUGUGGAAAUAAGAAGUGAGUUUACUCUUCUUUUCUCAUCUGCCCCUCCAGUCUUGCUGAGCCUGGCCCUGCCUGCAUGGAUGAGAUCAUCAAUGUUGAUGCAGUGGCGGAUUCGGGGGGAGGCGGGGAAACAGGGAGAUUCUCCCCUGCCGACUAAUGCAGGGCUGGCACUGUCCAAGCGCCAGCCCUGCAAUGUGCCUUCACGGACCGAAGGGGAGAUCAGAGAUCAGAGGGAGGAAGAGAGGACCCGGGAGCUCAGCCUGCAACUUUUCAGGGUCCUACUCUCGCGAGCACAGAGCGUUGCCGCGGUUACCACUCUAGCCAGGGGCGUAUUAGCCGCGAGGCAAACAAGGCAUUUGCCUUGGGCGGCAUUUUUCAGGGGGCGGCAAAAAACGCCGCCCCCCAAAUGCCCAGGGCAAAUGUCUUGUUAGCCUCGCGGCUAACAGACAUUCUGGGCGCUGGGCGGCAGUGGCUGCAGCGCUGGGCGGGCGGCCGGCGAGGGAGCUCUUCCCCUGAGCGCUCUGCUCAGCUCCCUCGCGCGCCGCCAGCAGAGUGAGGCCGGGAGCCGGGUUGAUGACGUCAUAUUCCGGCUCCCAGCCUCACUCUGCUGGCGGCGCGCGAGGGAGCUGAGCAGAGCGCUCAGGGGAAGAGCUCCCUCGGCGGCCGCCCGCCCAGCGCUGCAGCCACUGGACCCCAGGGAGAGGAAGAACCCCCCCCAGCAUUACCAAAGGUAAGGAGGCUGGGGGGGGGUUAAAUAAAAAAAACACUAGUGUGUGUGGAUGUCUGUUAGUGUGUAUGUUAGUGUGUGUAUGUAUGUUAGUGUUAGUGUGUGUAUGUUAGUGUGUGUGUGUGUGGAUGUCUGUUAGUGUGUGUAUGUUAGUGUUUGUGUGUGUUAGUGUGUGUAUGUUAGUGUGUGUGGAUGUCUGUUAGUGUGUGUCUGUUAGUGUGUCUGUUAGUGUGUGUAUGUUAGUGUGUGUAAGUUAGUGUGUGUGGAUGUCUGUUAGUGUGUGUCUGUUAGUUUGUGUCUGUUAGUGUGUGUAUGUUAGUGUGUCUAUGUUAGUGUGAGUCUGUUAGUGUGUGUGUGUCUGUUAGUGUGUGUGUCUGUUAGUGUUAGUGUGUAUGUAUGUUAGUGUUAGUGUAUGUAUGUUAGUGUUAGUGUAUGUAUGUUAGUGUAUGUAUGUUAGUGUUAGUGUGUGUGUGUCUGUUUGCCUGUGAGUGUGUGUGUGUUUGCCUGUGAGUGUGUGUGUCUGUUAGUGAGUGUGUGUCUGUUAGUGACUGUGUGUUUCUGUUAGCUAGUGAAUGCGUAUCUGUCAGUGAAUGUGUGUGUAUUUAGAAGGCGGAGCAGGGGGGAAGGUUGGGUGGUGGUUGCGCGGGUGGGGGUGGCGCGGGGGGGGGUGCCUGAGUUUUGUCCUGCCUAGGGCAGCACAAAACCAGGAUACACCACUGACUCUAGCUAUGGGCUAGAGUUCAUUCUCACCACUGGGACCACCAAGGAAUCUCCACCGGACCACCAGGGAUCGAGAAAUGUCGUCACUCCUCCUCAAAAUAUAUUAUUCCUUUACUCCUUGCUAUUGUGCUAAUAAUAGUAAAUAUCUCUAUAUGGCUGGAAUACAAACUAAAGCAACUACCAUAACAGUUAUAUUAUAAUUACUAUUACUUCUGGCAUAAAAAAAUAAAAAGCCUCCCUACCCUCCUUCCCCCCAUACACACACUGCCCUACAAACACACACUGCCACCUAUACACACACUGCCCCACAUACACAGCCCCCCAUACACACACUCAUAGACACAUUGCCACCCACACACAUACACUGCACACCCAUACACACAUUGCCACACACACACACGGCCCCCACAGACACAUACAGUGCCCCACAUACACUGUCCCACACACACAUACAGUGCUCCCCAUACACACACUGCCACACAUACACAGAUUGCCCCCCCAUACACACAUUGCCCCACACACACAUACACUGCAAGCCUCUCACACACACUGCCCCCCUCACAUACACUCUGCAGCUCUCUUACACACACACUGCCCCACACAUAUACUGCCCCCUAACACACACACUGCAACCCUGACAUACACUGCCACCCUUACGCACUCACACACACACACACUUCACCCCUCACACAUACCACUGCUCCUAUGCCCUAUAUCCCAGCAGACUCCAGGUAAGUUGUUAAACUGUUCUUAUACGGUUUGACUACUUACUCUGGGAUGGGAUCCUGGCACUACUGGUACCAUAACUACUACACUGUGCCGUAGUGGUUAUUGUGCCUGCAUUAUUUCUUUAAAUAAUCUACAAGUGCCCCUCCCGAGAUCAGGCUCUGGAUCCACCACUGUGUUAAUGAUCGCAGCCAAUCGAAAGCUUUCCUAUAGGAAAGCACAAGGAGACUAUUGCGAAAGCGCAUCAAAACUCUGAGCAGCACCAAUCAGCAUCUCCUCAUAAAGUCAUUGAAUCUAAGGGAAGCGUGGAGACUCUGAACUAGGUACUUCACACUGUGCAGCCCCGGUAUAGGAAGCACCUCUAGGGGCCGUCAGAUUUUCCUAGGCAGUAAGGUAAACACUUUAUUUUCUCUGAAAAAAACAGGGGCAUGCUUUAGACACAAGAACCACAACAUUAAGCUGUAAAGGUUCUGGUGACUAUAGGGUCCCUUUAAGUUUGAAAUGCAUUUGAAUGCACAUGUUAAUCAAUUGUUACUGUAAGAGGUCAUGCAGGGUCUCCAUUAAUAAUAGUGCACACUGAGAUAACCUAGGAUUAGAAAAAGCAUCAUAGUGUGAUGCUGGUCAGGAGGCUAACACAGAUAGUGCAACUUUACCAAACAACAUUUCUAGGAAGCAUUCAAAGAGUCAUGUCAAAUUUAGGGUGUUUUUAAUUUGAUCACUUUAGUAAAUAACUGUCAAAGUAAAUUCAAAAUUUUAGGCUGAACUAGCUGACCUGAAAGCACAGCUGAAUUGUAGAAUUUAACUACUUUGUUCUAUACUUUGAAAUUCACUUCAAAUUCACUUUCAGGGUUAUUCACUAAAGUGAGAAUUGUUGAGAAUGCAAAGUGAAUUUCAAAUUACAGGGAAAAAUUGGUACACUGGCUGUUUUGUCCUUGAAUUCGAAAUUCAUUUUAAUUCAUCUUGAAUUUCUGACAGUUCUUUCCUUAGUGAAUAACACUGAUUUUACACUUUUGUAAACUUUGAAUUGUGGUGAAUUUACAUACAAAUAUCAAUAUUUAUGCUGGAAUUUAGCAAGGUUAAGGGACCUGGGAAUAUGUACCCAGACCACUUCAAUAAGCUGAAGUGGUCUGGGUGCCUGUAGUGUUCUUUUAGGCUGCCUUGUAGUCAUGGAUAUAGAAAAUCCAGGGAAGUUUUUUGAAUUGUGGCAUUUGGGCAGUUAGACAGGUAUCUAUCUGGGCAGACGUGGUGACUCUUCUGUUGCUGGGACUGGAGCUGACCUGUGAUUGGAUGAAAGUCUCAAGUGUUAAAAUCAUGGUAAGCUGGGACAGAAUAAAAUGCAGCACCGCCAAAGUGGUUAAUGAGGAAGGAGCGGUGUGGAUGGACCCUUGCAUUUCCACACUUUAAUUGUAUAGUCAUGGUGUUACACAGCCUUAGGGGCCAAGGUCUUCCUCAGGGUUAAGUUCUGAGGAAGGAUAUGUUAGUAGAUGGUUUUAAAUAAAAAGAGGUCUGGUCAUCUAAGACUGACUGGCAAGUUUUAAAAGGUUAGAAGUUAAUGUUAUAUGUUAUCAUUGUGGAAAUGAUGGUUGCUAGCCCCAUAAGCUUUGAAUAAGCACCACGGCCUAGCCCAUUGAAAAGCAAACUGUCUGUUUAUGGUGUGGUCUCAUUUUAUUUCUACAAAAAUAUUGCCUACCAUACAUAUAAAAGCCUCAGGCAUUAUGCACUGUGGAAUAUAUGUAUGGUGGCAGUGAAGGAAUUUUAUGGCAAGACAGGAGGCUUCAUAUUUGCUUAUCUUUCUUUACUGAAACUCCCAGCAGCAAAGAAGUAGUUAACAAAGUUGUAAAAAAUUCAACCAAUCAUAACACAUCAUAGAACAAUAUAGUGGCAUCAGACUCCUCCCACUCCUUCUUUCUUUGCUGCUUGCCUCCCAGGUGAGUCUAUUCUAAUUACGUUGCCUAGUUUUACUACUUGAUUUUUAAUUGUCAUAGAUUAUUUGAUAAUUUCUAUAUGUUAAUCCUAGUACUGGGGGAACCAAUUCCCAGGAGACCAUUUCUCCUUGUAGCAGCCUUCACGCCUUUUCUAACCGCUUCCCGCUGUCUGUGGACUCUGAAGCGAUCGCGCCGUCCCAUUUACUCGCAGCGGCCAUUUUCCACUCGCGGUACACUUCCCCGCGGCUCCUGUGCUUUCCUACCGGAUAGUGAAUCAUUCUGUGGGCACCAGUGCUACCCUUUCGGACGGUACGUUAUUUUAAUUAAACUAAAUUACUUAAAGGUACAUUUUUUCCUAAAAACGAUCAGUAUUCUGAUCAUAAUUUUCUUGUAUAUCUUUGCAGGUUUGCUCCAGACAAGACCAACCUGCUAAGCAAACUGGGUGAACCCCUUUCCCUACACUCACUUGUAUUCCUUGUAUACAUUCCCAAUUCAUUAAAAAAUAAUUGUGUGGCUGACACCACCUUUGUUUCUGCUGUGGGUGAUCCCCACCUAAUUACUAAUAACAAUACUUUGUGUGGCUGACACCACCUUGUUUAUUUUGUGGGUGAGCCCCACCUUAUUUCUACAUAUAUUUCUGUAUUAUAUUGGUGAUUAUCACCAUUUGUUUUUCUCCAGUGGGUGACCCCCACCUUAUAAGCUAUUGUAUAUAUAUUUUAUAUUAUACUAAGUGGUUGAUCACCACCUCUAGUUAUUGGGUGAACUCCCCCCCCCCCUAGUUUGACCUUUGGAGUUUAUUUGUGCCUAACAUAUUGUGGGUGACCCCCACUGUUUCUACUCUUGUGUGGGAGACCCCCACCUCUCCAGUAUUCUAACUGAGUUGCCUCAUCUUUUAAGUGCCAACCCUGAUUUAUAUUUAUUUAUUAACAACUACCUGUAGUUGUUAAGCUGCCUUCAUUAGCAUUUUCCCUAUAAUUUUCUUAAUAUUAAUAAGACAUUAUGUUGGAUCGCCAAGACCCUGCAAUUUCUUCAGAACUUCGAGAAUGGCUUUUCUCCACUAUUGCGGAGUCCAUUCCCAAGGCUUUGGCAGCCUAUCAUGAGCAAACUGCUACAGAGGUCCAUCCCUCUACCCACCAACCUUCUGACUCAGAGGAUUCCCACCUCUCAGACCAAGAAAGCGCCCCGCGUAAGAGACUCUGGAAAGGGAAUAGCGCUACUGCGGGCAAAGGCAAAGCUCCUGCAAAGAUUUUUAAAUACUCCCUGCCAUGUGCUAUGCAGGAUCCCACAGACCCUCUAGAGGGAUCUACCUCUCGAUUAGCUGGCCAUAGUUUAAAUGACUAUGGUACCACCUACUCUGAUGAGGACCCCACGGUGAAUGUGCCCCAGGAUUCCUCAAUGUCAGAGUUCGUUAAAUAAACUUUUCACACACAGGCUCAGGAGGCUAAGUGUGGCCCUCCAUCUAAAGAGCCUGUCUCAGACAUCCUCCUGGAUGCUUCAGGCCUCCCCCUUUUUGACCCAAGGGUGAUCCGUCACCCACAAUCUGCAGAAUGGGCCCCUCCCGAUGAUAUUGCCAGCUUUUGCAAAAUGUGGCUUCGCAAGCCCCUCGAGAAAGAAAUUAGAAAAAAACUGAGGGCUGAAUGCCCAAGAUCAACUAUUCUGGGCAAAGUUGCCUCUACCCCUGAGUUUGACCCCAUGCUUGUCACCUACGUAACAAAAUCCGGCAAAGACCCUCGUAAGGGUAUUGAACAAGGGUUGAAAGCAACCCAAGACAAGCUUCUGGACAUUUCAGGUCCUAUAAUCCAGAUAUUUAUCCUGGCAGAUGAGGCACUCACUAGCGGUGAAUUUGACCCACACACUAUAAGAGAAUGGGCAACGCCAAUGUGGCAAUUUCUAUUAAAAGACGAAAAGCGGCACUUUAUAAAAUUGAUGCCAAAUUGGUAGACUUAAGUUCAAAGGAAUUGGGACCAGAAGCCGAUGGUCUCCUAUUCGGUGACAGUUUUAUGCGAGACCUCUCCAAGCAUGUCUCGGUAUUUACCACAUUAAAUAAAGCCCAGUCCUCAUUACGCAGGGUUUUCCGCUCCCAAACACAACGUUUUUCCUGGAGAGCUGGUCGCCACAGGGGCCGAGCUACCAGUAGAGCAGCCUUUGCAGGCUACAGGCCUCGAGCCACAGACUAUUGGUCCACAGGACCCACGGGACCCUAUCACAGACAGCUAUUCAACACCAGAGGCUCUAUUCGAGGACGUGGUUCUGCAUCCCUGCGCGGACGCACUGCUUCAGGUAACGGACCUUACUUAUUUAAAAAAUGUACCAAUUGCAGGUCGAUUAACCCUUUUUUUCCGACAGUGGAAACUACUUUCUCAGGAUCACUGGAUCCUUCAUACAGUCAGGGGUUUCAAAAUGUCGGAAGCAGACAAAAUAACCUUAAACUCAGAGUUACACAAACUAAUAGACAAAGGGGCGAUCGAACACUCGCCUUUUCCUUACACCUUCCUCAGCAACAUUUUUCUUGUCUGAAAAAAGACAGGAGACCACCGUCCUAUUAUCAAUCUCAAAGAACUGAAUCAAUUUAUCACAUACCGUCAUUUCAAGAUGGAAGGUAUCCAUCUUCUCAGGGACCUACUUUGCGUGGGAGACUGGUUCUCCAGAUUCGACCUCAGGGAUGCCUACCUCACGGUCCCAAUCGCACUGUAAAGGUGGUUGAUUAAAAUGAGCAAAGCUUUUGUCUGGGAAAGAAUUGAAAAGAACACCAAGUUCCAGAGCAAGAUAUUCUUGGAUGGAUCCGGAUACGAAUUGUAAUCCAAAGUUAAAAGUAGUAAUUGUAUUUGUAAUCCAAAGUCUUAAAGGCCUGUAGAAGUUUACAUUCCUUAGAUACAUUACUGGAGGUUGUGUUUGUAGAAUACCCGGGUAUUAAUUGUAGAGUAUUGGUUGUAGAGUCCAGCUUUCCAAAUAUUUGGCUAGAAUUGGUUGCAGAUAUUGAAUCAGCAUCAUCUGUUAUCACCGUGGUGAUGGCGUUGGUAUUUGCCUUUGUCUUUGCUUUUUAUUUUGUUUUUUCCAUGCAACAUUUUUACACAAUGAUGUGUAAAAUUUAAGUCUGGAAUCUGAUUCCUUGGAGGUGGUCACCUCCAAAUAAGCCUCUGAAACUGGGGGGCUGAUAGGGGUGCUCAUCCCAAAAGGAAUCAGUUUGCAAUAUCUUUUAAAGACAAAGUACAGAGUUUAAGAAAUACAACAUUUCAUUCUAAAACUUGUAAUAUUUGCAUUUGCCCAUAACACCAGGACCCGACAAUUUAGUCGCGGACUGGUUUUCGCGUCAUUGGAGAGAUGCCAGCGAUUGGCAAUUAGACCCUUUUCUGUUUCACCACAUUCGUCUAUUACGGGGACCUCACAUUAGACCUCUUUGCAUCUCGCCUGAAUCGUCAGACAGACGAUUUCUUCAGCUGGCUACCAGACCCUCUAUCUCUGGCAGUCGACGCUUUUAUGCAACCUUGGCCGCGGAGAGGAGCUAAUGCUUUCCCUCCUUUCUCGAUGAUUCAAUGGACCCUUCACUGAGUCAAAGCUCAAAGGGUCAGGAUAUUAAUAAUCACUCCACUAUGGAGGGCCCAGACUUGGUUCCCCACCCUCCUGGAACUAUCAGUAGAUUACCCCAUCUUGCUACCUCGUUCCUUUCGGGUCCUCAGGAACCAUGCGGCCAAUUAACACCCACUCGCCCUACAGGGUCAUCUUUAACUAGUAGCUUGGACAGUUUCAGAGGAGCUUGGCAUGUCGCGGGACUUUCACACACAGCUCAAACACUCCUAUGGGACUUGUGGGCUCCAGGAACCAGAUGAACCUACCUCUCUGCAUGGCGGAUUUGGGUCAGCUGGUGUCUGGACAGGGACCUCGAUCCCGUUUCAACAUCUCUUUCACCCAUUUUAAAUUUUUUAUCCUCUCUCUUCGAUCAGGGUAAAUCAUACCGAUCGAUUAAUGUUUUUCGUUCCGCCAUUUCGGCAGCCCAUGACACUAUUGAUAAUUCUUUGGUUGGGAAACACCCUUCCGUGUACAGACUUCUACUGGGCAUAAAUUUGACGAGGCCGCCUACUGCCAAAUAUUCUAAUUUCUGGGAUAUUUCUAAUGUUUUUAUACUGUUGGAUUCCUGGCCUUCUAACGAAGCCUUAUCCCUACGCCAACGUUCUGCGAAAUUGGCCCUGCUCCUGUGCCUGGUGUCUUUCCGCAGUCUCAGACGUUCAGGCCUUUGACGCUCAUGCUGUGGCCUUCGCACCAGACGGUGUCAGAUUUACUAUUACUAGACGCACUAAGACUAAUUCCUCCUCAGCUUUUUACCCAUACUUUCCCGACAGACCGUCUCUCUCUGUAGCCCUGUGUACCCGUUGCUACAUUGAGAGCACUAUCUCUCUACGUUCUCCUACUGGACCUCUCUUUGUCUCUUACGUUAGACCUCACAAACCGGUCUCUUCCCCCACGAUCGCACGCUGGAUAAGAUGGUUGCUCACCCAAGCAGGAAUUGAUCAAUCAUUCGGUGCUCACUCCGUUAGAGGUGCGGCUGCAUCCUCUGCCUUUCGCGCAGGCAACUCGCUGGCAGAUAUUCUCUCCUCCGCAGAUUGGUCAAGGGAAUCUACCGUAUAUACUCGAGUAUAAGCCGAGUUUUUCAGCACAUUUUUUGUGCUGAAAAACCCCACCUCGGCUUAUACUCGAGUCACUGUCUGUAUUAUGGCAAUUUACAUUGCCAUAAUACAGACUGGGGGCUGGCAGAGCUGUUACUUACCUCUCCUGCAGCUCCUGUCAGCUCCCUCCUCCUCCGCGCCGGUCCGGUCAGCACCUCGGUCAGCUCCCAGUGUAAGUCUCGCGAGAGCCGCGGGGUCAUAGUGCGGCUCUCGCGAGACUUACAGUGUGAGCUGACAGAAGAGCUGCACGGACCGGCGCGGAGGAGGAGAGAGCUGACAGGAGCUGCAGGAGAGGUAAGUAACAGCUCUGACAGCCCCCCUCCUCCCCCCACUGAACUGCCACUGGACCACCAGGGAAAGAGAGCCCCCCUCCCUGCCAUGUAUCAAGCAGGGUGGGGGGACAAAACAUACAUAAAUUAAUAAUAUAUAAAUAAUAAUAAUAAUAAUAAAAAAUAAUAAUAAUAACAAAAAAUUUAAAUAUUAAUUAAUAAUAUAUAAAUAUAAAUAAUAAUAAAAAAAUAAUAUAACCAAAAAAAUAAAAUAAUAAAUAAUAAUAUUUUUUUUUUUUUUAUAAAAAUGCCCACCCCCCACCAAGGCUCUGCAACACAAACACACACACUGCAUCACAUACACACUGCACUCAUACACACACACUGCAUUCAUACACACACACUGCACUCAUAUACACACUGCAUUUAUACACACACUGCGCACUCAUACACACACACACUGCAUUCAUCAUAUACACACACUGUAAAUAAAUAUUCAAUUAAUAUAAUUUUUUUAGGAUCUAAUUUUAUUUAGAAAUUUACCAGUAGCUGCUGCAUUUCCCACCCUAGUCUUAUACUCGAGUCAAUAAGUUUUCCCAGUUUUUGGGGUAAAAUUAGGGGCCUCGGCUUAUAUUCGGGUCGGCUUAUACUCGAGUAUAUACGGUACCUUUCAAACUUUUUAUUUUAAACCUACAUCACCUGUGGCUUGUUCCUUUAUCCAAGAGCGUUAAAACAGCAAAUAUGAAGCCUCCUGUCUUGCCAUAAAAUUAGGUAUUAUUCUAGUUUACAGUGAACGAAUAAUCUAAAUUUUAUUAAAGACAGGAGGCGAAUAUUUUCCCUCCCUUCGUUCACUCUGGAACCCACCCUUAGUCUCCUUUUUUACUGUUAUUGCAUUGUACACUCUCUUGCAAUUUGAUUGUUGUAGGUAUACGAUUUUGUUAGCCUAGUAAGAUCUAGUCCUACAUCGCAUUGUACCAUUAUGAUCUUUAAAUCCUACCAGAUAAUCUGAGCUAUCACUUUAAAGUGCAUACGUAUGUUUUUUCUCUUGUCUAAGAGACCAUACUUUCACAAAGUUUUUCUUCUCUCCUAGUGUGAAAAUCUCACGUUGUUCUACUCGACAACACGUUUACAUGGUUGACUUCAUUGCGUUACACCUGAGUUACGGUUCCAGAAUGUUUCCAGUUUACAUGGUUGAUUCUACUACUGAUCGGCACCACCAAGAAAGAGGAAGUGGGAGAAGUCUGAUGGCACUAUAUUGUUCUAUGAUGUGUUAUGAUUGGUUGAAUUUUUUACAACUUUGUUAACUACUUCUUUGCUGCUGGGAGUUUCAGUAAAGAAAGAUAAGCAAAUAUUCGCCUCCUGUCUUUAAUAAAAUUUAGAUUAUUCGUUCACUGUAAGGUAGAAUAAUCCCUAAUUAAAUAGUCUUGUAGUCAUGGAUAAAGAAAAUCCAGGGAAGUUUUUUAAAUUUUGGCAGUUGGGCAGUUAGACAGGUAUCUACUAGGGAGAAGUGGCGACACUGCUGUUUCUGGGACUGGAGCUGGCUUGGGAUUGGGUGAAGAUUGCUAGCGCCAAAAGCACAGGAAACUGGGAUAGAAUAACAUGCAUCAGUGCAAAUGCAAUCCUGUCAGUGGUUAUUGAGGCAGGAGCGGUGCAGACGGAAUCCCGCCCUCCCUUUAAUUUAAUUGUUGGGUUUUAUAUAGCAAGGGGGCAAAAGUCAUCCUCAGGUUCAAGUUCUGAGGAAGGAUAUGUUAGUAGAUGGUUUUAAAUAAAAGGCAGUCUGGUCAUCGAAGACUGACUGGCAAUUUGGUGGUUAAUAAAGUAUUAGUAGGUUAAAAGUUUAUGUUACAUGUUUAUCGUUAUGAAAAUUAAGGUUGUAAGCCCUUUAACCCCUUAAGGACACAUGACAUGUGUGACAUGUCAUGAUUCCCUUUUAUUCCAGAAGUUUGGUCCUUAGGGGUUAAGCUUUGAAUAAAUACACAGCCUGGCCUAGCCUAACCCGAUAUUCUAAUUUUUCGAGUAUCACCUGUAAAUAAACAGUUAUGGAGAAAAAAAAAGUAAUAGGAGCUGCUAAAAAAUAUAAAUGCGACCAUACAUUCAAACUGUUAUAAAAAAAAAGCAUUAAAUUACAAAUAUGAAAAUGCUAGUGUAUUCCACAAGGAUUUCCGAUUCACAAUGUGGCAAUGUUUUGGAUUCUGAAUUGAAUAUAUUUGUUAUUAUAUUUAUAUAUAAUCACCAAAUGCUU